UGAAUUUACUUUGGUAUUUUUAAAGAUUAGUUAAUAUAUAUUUUUUAACCGAAUGUCUACUUAAAAAUAAUAAAAAAUAUAAAUGCCUUUAAAUUCGUAUAAAUAAAUAAUUAUACUGUAAGCACUAUUAAAAAUAAUUCAAGUCAUAAGAUUAAAAUUACAAAUUUAGAGUUAACCAAAUCUAUCAGUAUACUGAAAAAUUAUAAAUUGUUUAAUGACUCACACGAAAAAACAAAAGGAUAGGGGUUGAUGUGGUUUUACAACCUCUUUCAAAAAAAAAAAAUCACGAAGUAAUAGUAUUUUGGUGGCCAAGGAAUCCCCCUCUCCUGGUUGUAAUCUUUUAGUAGGCUCAAGUACUAAUAGCUUAUAAAUACUAACAAUGUCUGUAUCUACCCAUUAUACUCGUAUGAAUUUAAUGUACCUACAUUAUUUUGUAGUAGAUAUUUGAGUACUUAUGCGAACUAUAAAACAUUAAAAAAAAAUAAAAUAAAAUAAACAACAACUUAAUUAUUCGAAUACGAUUUUAAAAUAUUUCAAGGUAUAAAUCUCAUAAACUUGAACUUGAUUAAAAUUUUAAAAAUAAUGCCACACAAUACCGCAAUAAAUUAUCUGUCCGUUUUUCGGUUCAUUUGCCUCUGUGUAAUUAAUGCCCGGAAAAAUAUUGCUUAAUUUAUGUUUUUUCUCCCUUUAAAGUAACGGCGUAAUGUUGUCAUUCUGCAGUAAUUGGGAUGUACGUAAAACUUUUGAGUACUUUUUUUAACCCCCACACCUCCUCUACAAAAAAAAAUAUACUAUAUAUGUAUACAAAAAAUAUAAACCCCAUCGUUAGAAUAUCUGCAGAACCUAAUACUUGCGAAGACAAAAACCAAUUUGUUUUCUAUGUAAAGUAACCUAAAAGGCACUUUGCAUUUUCAUUAAUAAUAAUAAUAUACAGUAUACAGUAUAAUACGUUUAAUUUAAAACGAAAAAACACAAAAUAAAAAUAAUUACAGAAUUAUUGUUAUUAUUUUUUAAGUGCAUUGUAAAAUUUGAAGUUCUUCUUUUUGUAUCAUUUAAAAAAUCACUCAGAUAAAAAAUUAUCAAAAAACUAUAAAUCAAAAUGAAAUUAUAUGUUUUUUAAUUAAUAUUAUUUGUAAUCAAAUAUCGAUUAUUUGUACAAUCACGUGACAAAUAAUCGAACUUAAUUGUAUAACCUAUUAAAAAUAAAAUCGAUUUGUUAUUAAAAGUAAAUUUAAUAAUACAUUAUGUUCGAAAUAAAAGUGAUUUUAAACUGAGUUGUGGAACUAUUAUAAACUUUUAACACUAUUGCUCAUAUGUAAUUUUUUUACGAAAUUUUUUCUGCAGUUUUUACGAAUAUCUAUCGAGUGGCACUGACUUUACAGUAAGUACCAACUAUACACGUAUACAUAUAUACGUAUAAAUGUUUUGCAAUUACCUACUAAGAAACUUGCAAAACUUUUCGAUCGUAAUAUUAACCGCCUUGAAAGUAUUUUUUUAAAAAACGAAAAAACAACGCAUUAUUGUAGAACUAAUCGCAUUCGUUCCACUCAGAAUCUGAAAAGACAAGUACAACCCGUAGGAACCUUCGCCAGCUGUAAAUGUGUUAAUUGUAAUAUACUCUCAAAAGAAUUUAAUAUGAUAACUCACAAAAACUGUUUGGUUUUAUACUAAGUUAAGUCAAAAUAUUCUAAACUGCAAUUUAUAUAAUUCAACAACUCAUCUUAACAAUUAACUAAAUGAACUGGGAAUCCAUCCGAUGGAUUUCAAUUUUUCGCAUCACAUACAGAAUGACAAAAAUAACUAAAUGAUACUCGAUACCCGCAAAUGGAAAGAACGCACCCCGGACGCGACUUGAAUCUAAAAAAAGUUUCUUUACUAUGAGACCCUACAGCUCAAAACUAACCAAAACAAUAAAUAAUUUACAUACAAAAAGAAACAAUAAGUGACACUACGAGGGAAAUGAAAAAAAGAGCUGUCAAAUGAAAAGUAAUGGAAAUGGAGGAAAUGGAUGGCACUUGGACAGUUGUCGGACAUUGCAGAACCACAGUCAACAAAUGGGAUAUUGAGAGAAGAAGAACCAACCAAUUACGAGUGAGUAAAACACCAACAAUGAUCUACCUAACCUAACCAAACCUAACUUCUUAUAAUUAAAAAUAAUCUACAGUUCGCAAACAACCAAGUAGCAGUGGUCGUAGUUUUUCGGACAACUAGAAUCUAAACGACACAAAAAUAAGAAAAUAAAACAAACACAAAAGAAAUAAAAAUCGAGCAUUUAUUAUGUGCUUCCAUAAAAUUUGAUUUUUAACGUAAACAACUCACUUAUAGUAUUAAGUAAACCUGGUUGUUAGGAAACAGUUGCCAAUAAAUUUAAUUAUCCGAAUAAUUAACAAUACACAAAUGAAAAGGCAUUGUCACCCUUAACCCCACACUAUAUGAUUUUUUUUAUUUAAAAAGAAAUAUAUUUAUUGAAUAAAGAUUUAUACACCAUCGACAAAAAGGUACAUUAGCAUAGGUACUUAAUUUUUUUUAGAUUUAGAGCGUUACAAGAGAUCUAUUGGUUUUACUAUGAUUUGUGUUUUUUUUUUGUCUGUGAAUAAUUUUUCUACCAGAAAUUUUGCUUCGAAGUAUCAAGUGUAUACCUUUUAUGUAAAGAAAUUCCUCUAGUUAGGGAUGUCUUUUUUUAAAAUUUUAUAAGGGAUUUUCAAAAUAAUAUGGGAAAAACCCGAAAGAAAAUUAAAGUUAAAACGGUAAAUAUUUAAACCACGGCGAUACCGAUUACAUUAGGUAUUUCAAAUAAUUUGUUUAAAAAAUAUUUCUGGUAGAAAUACUGUAUAAACAAAUCCAAUCGAAACAUGACUAUAGAUCGAUUUGGUUUCCUAUUAAUAUAAAUUCACUGACAGAGAAAGUCGUUUUUUGAUAUCCAAAGAAAUUUUCAUAGGAAAAAACCAAAAUAUAUUUUAAACAUUUGUAUGCAGAAAUUCAUUUUCUUCAUUCGGGAUAUUGAAAACGUGCUCAAACUAAUAAUGAUUAUAAAAUAAUCCUCAAAAUAUAUGUAUGUACACAUUUGUGUAUUGUACAUGGAAAUAUUAUUUAAUUAAAUAUUAUUUGUUUUCCGUUUAAACAAAUAAGUUACAUUACAAUCUAUAAAAUGAGAACAUUUUUUUUUUCAUGAUAAAUUUCUAUAGGUACAUUAUCGCUAUUUUUAAUCGAAUACGACGAGGAGUUCAUUUUUUUUGAUACACGAUGAUUUUGUUCACAUAACUAAAGUUACAUAAUGUGGAAUUUUACGAAUGAUACAUUUUUUUGUGUAUACACUCACAUAAUCUCAACACGAAAUUUUAGUUUUUUUUUCAUCGUAUUGUAGCGACAAAUAUAAUACUGUGUAUUUGAUCCAUAAACAUUUGUAACUCGUCAAUGAUGUAUUGUAAUCAAAUCAUAUUUUGAAUAGGUAUCUAAUCCGUGUAGUAAUUUCAUUAUACCGCAAAUUGUUUCUAAUCCUAAUAUUAUACAAUUAUACCGUUUUAAAAUCUAACCAUGUGAAACGUAUCGUCGUAAAAAUAAAUCGAGCUACUGCAAAUGCGCGAAAAUACGACUUGAUCUAAAAAAAAAACAUAACAAAUAUAAACACUGUACGGUUCUUAUACAUCGAAAGGUCUGAUUUCGCAAUAUCAGUAUAGACGUCCGUCGUUAUUUUUAAUAAAAUACAUACUCGUAACUCAAACGCCCAAUAAUAUGUUACGACAUGAUACCAAAAUAACGACAGUUGACAUACACGCACCUAUAGUAAUAAUUAUAAUAAUAUUAUAGCUAUAGCAGGUACCACAAAGUUGGCGUAACGAGAUCCUCGAGUAUGCAAAUGCAUUGGGUAUAAUAAAACUAAAUAAUAUAUAAUAUAAAAUUAUUGUAGUAAAGCGUUGGCGACGUUGUACUCGUAGAGAAAAAAAACUAUGACGAGUCUACAAAAAAAACUACAAAGCUCGGAACAAUAAUAGACACGAAAAAUUCUAACUGAAAUGUUUACGUCGAAAUACAGACACGAACGACGGGUCUUCCGUAAAAAAUCGUAGCUAGAUUUUCAAAUGUCUAUAUCUAUACCUGCAUGUGUUCGUACUCGUAGGCUUUAAAUUGUUACAUGAUUCUUUGUCGCCGAAUUCCGAUCUCAGUCAUACGCGAAAAAAUCCCGCUGUUACAGUGAGUUCACCGGUUAGGUUUUACAUGGUCGUCGAAACAGAGAAGCUUUUUCAAAUUUCUCCCUUUUUUUCCAGAUAAGUUAACAUAGACUGUAUAAGUAACUACUCAGCUAGUAUGACUACUCAACUAGUAAAUGGCCAUUUAAUAAACGUUAACCCAUAUAGUAUCUAAAUAUAGUACCUAAAAUUUAAAAUAAAAUUAACGAACGUAUUAAAUAAUCGUAUCCGUUUCACGUAAUGGAUAAAAUAUGUGUCCGUGUUCAUUACAAUAUAUGAACGGAAUAACAGCUUACACGCUCCUAACUAAAUUCGUGAAAUGUAUAUCCGUUCCGUGGAAGAAUCAAUUAUAAUCGUAAUUAUACAGUUUCGAUAGAAUACGACACACUCGGUUCAAGAAUACUUUUUACAACAAAAAUAAAUUUAAAACUAGACGAGCACCGCCGAGAAACUGCACGUGAAAACGGGUCGUAUUUUAUAUGUCUCGCACGGAUAUAAUGUUAGAGUGCAGGCUGCAAAGGACUUCGGACGAUAGAAAAUUUACAUAUUAUAAUAAAACUGAUUUAUGGCGGUUGGCCAAUGUUCGUUCGAACAUAAUAAUUGACGAAGGAUAAAGGUCGGCGCCAUCCAAUGCCGAUAGACUAUAGAGGUGGAAGAACUUCAAAGUUUAGAAAACGCCGAGCACUGUGCGUGGAGAAGGACCCGCAGAUAUCGUCUAAAAUAUACUGGUAUAUAAAAAAACACCCGUUAAAACGUGUCACGUAUAAAAAAAAGUAUAUAUAAGUCAUGUUUUAAGUUGGCAAAAAGUCCGCACGUAUAUAUACACAAAUUUGUUCUACGGUAGGCGGGUGGUAAAACACGAUUCAAGAUAAAAAAUAAAUUUCGAGCCGUCAUUGCUUUUUAGUGCAAUAAAAAUAAAGUGUUCCAAUGAGGAAAAGUGUUUGCGUGUGUACGAUAUAUCUAUGGUACGCGGAUAUCGGCAAUUUUGAAUAUAUAGAUAUAAAACGCCUGAUAACAUCUAGAUUUUUCAUUUUCAAUUCCUGAGCUAGGUACCGGAAAAAAAACGAAUUUAAUUACAGAGAGAAAAACUAAAUUUCAACCGAACUUGGUACUGAAACGAUUAUGAAUAAAUUAAGAUGCGAAAAAAUCCGUUGGGAUCGUAGGCAUUUCAAGAAUCCUACGGAGUUUAGUGGGAACGAUGAGUAAACGGGGAAAUGUACAGUCAAAUUAAAUUUUCUUUGACUACCUGACCUAUAUAAUUUGGAUAACGUUAAAUAAGUUUAUAUGUGGGCCAAAAGAACCGGGUUAUCAGGUUUGUCGGUGAUCGAGAAAUCGCACCGAGUUCCUGAUCCCGAUAACAACAGUGUAAUUCGAUAGACAUGUUUACACUGUAAAUAUCGAUUGUCCCAUUAAACCCGGCAGUUGAUUGGUGGCCGUACACAAAACAAUUAAGAUUAAUUGGACCGCACGAUGAGUUCGUUAACUAGUGUAUUGUCGGGUAAUACGUGUAUAUAAUAGCUAGGGACCCCGGUGCGGACCACCUCGUGGUUAUUUUAUAUAUGGAAUAUCGUUCAAAUUAUUAUGUUCGAGUACGUAUAUAUAUUUAUGGAACGAAAUAUAAAGGACAAAAACUGACCUAUUAUCCGGACCGCAAAUUCCCCAAGUAUCAAAUCAAAUAAAUAUAAAAAAUAAAAAUAUUAGCUCCAAGGACGUUUAUGACGAAUGUACUAAAGAGAAAAUCAAAAAUAUACAAACGAAGUACCUGCAGUUAUUUUUAAACGAAACCCCGGGCAUUCAAAAAGAACGAGGAAAUAAAAUUAUGUAAACAGGGACAAUAUAUUUUAAAAAAAAACCUCCAGCCAACAGCUAUAGGGCAAAUAAAGUAGUAUUCGAAAAUAUUAUCGAAUUUACUAAUGAAAAAUCACGCAUAAAGAAUUUAAAAUUCUUUUUUAAUAGGGUGGGGAGGGGCAGAGGAGUUUUCGAUUUCUAAAGAUGUGUCUCGUGCGAUUUUUGGUCUCACUUUCACGAAAUCGUUAUUUUUUGCUAUUUUUUUUUUUUUUUUUAAUUAAAAUUACAGUUAUUUCAACUAUUUAAAUAGUCAAUAAUUAAUAUUAAACAAUGAAAAUAAAGCGAUAGUCUUUAAAAUUUUAGAUCGUAUUCCUUCUUUGAACUGGAAAAUAAUAGUUAUUAUGAUCACGUUAACCUAUAAAACGAAAAACCAAAGACAUCACUCGAAAAAAGGUCGCGAACGAAACUCGUGGUUUACAAUAGCCAGUUUUUUUUCGUACCUACAUCAAUUUGUUUUUGUUUUUUUUUAAUUUUAAGGGGGCAUUCCAUUCAUAUUCUUUGUAUUAAAUAUAAUUUAUAUUAUCGUUAAAAAGCAAUACCUUUUCUAUAUAAAAAAAAAAAAAUAAAAGAAAUCACACGUUCAAGGCUAUUCAGUUGGCACAAAUUUAUUAUGUACAUAAAAUAAAAAUGUUAAAAUGAACGUCUUCAAUAUCGUUAUUGUUGUAUUCAAACUUAGUUGAACUUGUGUGUGUUUAUAUUUUGCUAUACGAAAUUAAAUUGCUCAAGAUUAUUAUAAUAUUAAAAGGCAGGGCGUUAACGAGCUAAAAAGUUAAAUUAAUUAUAACUUUUUAAUUUGUAUUAAUUCGACUUAUUUUUUUUACUCUACUCGAUUAAAAUAAAUUGUCAAUUUGAAAUAUACCACGUCGAGUCAAUUUCGAUUUAUUUUAAUAAGUAUCGCUACAUUAAAUUUACAAUCUAUAUGCGCAAUGAUUUGAAUAAAUUAUUAAAGUUGUGUGGAGUGAGUUCUGCAUUUAAAACAAGUAUUCCUAAUUUUAUGAUACAUGAAAUAAGUUUUCCAGUGUUUUCAUUUUCAAAAAAUCACAAACUAUACUAUGUUUAAUUAACACUUUCAAUAUACCAAUAAAUUAAUACAAAUUUUCAAAUUGACUUUUAACUUAACAUGCAGCUAAUUAACACGUUAACUCAUUAAGUUUACUUCAUUUAACUUAAAUGAACUUUUAAUUAUCUAAUUCAAUUAAUUAACUUUCUAUUUAUUUUUGUUCAAGUAUACAAUGUUUUUUAAAAUGUACUUAUCGUUUUAAUUUGUUUUAUUUUAGCGUUAUCAAUAUAAUUUACGAGGAAAUUUUUGUUUUUUUAAUCGUCAUACUACAAUAUUUGACAUAAAUAUAAUUUAGUUUUUAUGUCUUUUAUCACUUUAUAUUUAGAUGCCAUAAAAAAUAUGUAUAUAAAUUACAAACGAUUAUACCGAAUAAAGAGUUAAAUUGUAUUCAAAACGAUAUAAUACAUCAUAUUCCAUAGUAAAUAAACAAUAAUUCUUUGUAAAAACCUACCAUUUAAUUGUACGUCCGUUAUGGAAAAUCAAAAUUUAGUAUGUAUUUAGUAAUUUAAUAAAUUUAGUAAUUCAUCUGGUAUCCUAAGUCAGUCCAAUAAUCGUGUAAUAAAACUACUAAACUUUUCUGCCAAAGAAUUACAUAAGCAAUACCUAAACGGCAUAUUUUUUAUAUUGUAAAUGAUUGCAAUAACAAAAAUAAAAUUAGUAAGUAGUAUUAUGAUAAAACGAUAUUUAUAUUGAAACUCACGCACAUGUGCACAAACCCAAUGUAACAACUGAAUUGUAAACGAAUAAAGCGAAAAAGAAUAUCGAUGGUUUUUACAAUAUUGAAUCAUACAUUGGCAUAUUUUAUCAAGUGAAAGUAACUUUUUAUAUGCUACAGUUUCAAUCUGAUGCAAAUUUUAAACAAAAAUAUAAUUAAUAUAAAAUGUCGGUAGGUAGGUGUUAUUCGAAUAGCUAUAGCCUAUGCGAAAACCAACUUAUUACCUUGAAAUUGUAAAUUUGGCAUUACAUAUCAAUAAAUAUUCAAUAUUGAUGAUUUGUAAUUAAACUCUUUUUUCAAGUAGAUUUAUUAUUUCACAACCUCUAAGUUUGUUAUUUUUCUAGUGGCCCUCCGCUAAUUGUUUCUAUCGAGACCUCCCAUACGUAUCUUUAACAAACAAUGAUAUUUUUAAUAAUAAAAAAAAAAAAUCAUGUAUUAUCAACUACGAUAAAUUGUAAUUUGUUUUUAAAUUUAUCAUUUAAUAGUGAAUUAUUAUAACUAUUAUUUUUGUACAUUUUACUUUUGCCUUACUUCCCUAUGCGUUAAUGAAUAAUUAAUUUAAUCAAAAUCUAAACACUAACAUCAGAUAUUUUACGAAGAUUAUAUGAAGUAAUUUUGUAAAGAAAAAUAUAAAUAAUACAUAGUCAGUAACAGAUAUUAUUAGUUGGAUUUUUUUUUUUUUUUGGAAAUUAUUAAUAUAAGUGAAUAAUGUUUGAAAAUUGGUGUAAUAGGGUUGUGGAGGACGAAGCCUUUCAAGGGUUAGAGUUAAUCCACGGUUUAACAAAUUGAAUAAGCUUUUUAAAACAUUCGGGUGUUACGUAUUAAAGUUCGUUUAUAUACAAAUUAAACUAAAUACAUAAAGUAAUAGUAAAAGUCCCUCUUCUAUUUUUCCAAUUCGAACAAGCUAUACAGACGAACAUAUAAUAUAUUUUUAAAUUAAAAAAAACACAUACGUACUUGUGAUAUUAAUCAGUGGUUAGAAGUAGCGUGCUACAUUUUGUAGUAAUAUUGAUAGUGUACGGUUUUAUUUUGGUAAGUAAUGUUUACCAUGAUAACACUACAUUUUUCAAAGGGAAAUCGCACAAAAUUAGAUAUUUUAAACGCUACUUUUUACCAAAAUAAAAUUGUGAAUUUAAUGAAAUAUUAUAUAAUUUGUAGUUACAUUAUUUUUGUUUUAGUCCAUAGUAAAAUAAAAUAUGUGACUACUAUGUUACAAAUUAUGUUACUGAUUUUUUUCGUUUCGGAAAUGACAAAUGUAGUUAAAUAAAUUGUUGUUAAAUUAUAUUGUAAGAAUUAAUACUUAGGGUACCUAUUACAUUUUAUAAUAUCGACAAUGAUAGAAAAGUUUUCUGUUAUAAAUAUAAAAAUGUAAUGCGCCACUUUAAAAAAAAGCGAAUUUUGUAGCGCCCCUCACUUAUAAAAAUAAUAUAGCGAUGAUUGUAAGGAUUCCUUUUUUUUUUUAGAAAUGUAGCUAUAGUAGUAGCACACUACAUUAAAGGUAGUAAUUUCCAACCACUGAUAUUAAUAAUAUAAUGUUAUACGUAUUAUUUUCACAUUUUUUUUAUUAUACAUUAUAAUGACACGAAUUUAAUAUAACAGGUAAAGAAAUCUGAGAUUUUAUAAAAAAAAAAAAAAUGAAAAAGAUAAUAAUAACGAUGAUGAAUUUAUUUAACUACAUAUUACGCACAUUGGGUAAAUAAAUAAUAUACCCGUUAGGCUCGGUUUGAGAGUUCACCGUUAAUUUAAAUUAUGCAUAUGAGUGUAGUUAUAUUAUUAUCUUUGAUCGAUAUGUCAAGCGAAUAAUGUUUUAGUAGUUUAAUUAUUCACAAACGUUUGGAGAACAAAUUAGCGCAAUACAUUAUACACUAUACAUAAUAAUACAGUUAUCUAUUUUAGUAAUCUUAUGCUAUACAUUUUAAGCAGCGUUGACCUGGUAAACUAUGAUCAACUCCGAGAUCCCAAACAAUCAUUUUUUUUUUUUUUUUUUUUAGUCGUUUUUUUCAUGUACUAUAACCGAGAAAUUAACUGAACAAAUAGAAAUCAAAAUUUAAAAUCCUAUUUCGAUUUUUUCUCCAGAAACCCACAUUAUAAUUUCAGAUCUCAACUGCGUACCGUAGAUCUUGUACGAAAAACGUCAUCUCUGUUGUUCUUUUUUUUUUUUUUUAAUUAUUCGAAAUUAAAAUUUAAUUUCGUGUCAACGGUUUACUAUGCAGACGAACGCAUAAACUAAUUUAUCCGAUGAUGCUGUAAAAUGUUUGGCAAAAAAUGGGUUAUGGAAAAGCAUUGAUUGGUAACACGAUUGUUUUCAACAAAAUAAAAACCGCAAUGUUUAAUAGUAAAAUCAGUAUUACUGUUGAAGGAUUAUUAUUGAAGACGAGCUUUUUUCCUAAUCAGGUGCCUGUUAUUCAAUGAUUCGCCUAAAGUGUCCAUUAUUCAGAUGACUACCGACUGUUAAACUUUGCUGGUCAAUCACGAUAUUUUAAUACACUCGAAAUCUAAGAGAUUCAUAUUUUACUGAAUUCGCUUCGAGACCGCCCUACGCCAUUCGAACUAGCAACUUUACGGUAUUAUUAUUGCGAUUCCGAAAUCCCACAGCCGUCCGGGCAUUCCGCCAUUAGGUGUGUAACCGAUAAAUACAAACAUUAAACAUUUAUUCGACUUAAAAACCAAACGGUAAACAAAUACUUAAAAAACUUAAAAAAUACUUAAAAAUUAACCUGAUAUUUAAAAAAAAAAUAAUAAUACCCUAAAUUAUUUGCGCAAAUUUGGGGGGGUCUAGAAGGAUUCAGUAGCCCCAAAGUUCGGCCAAGCACUCCAAAUUAAGUGCUCGUCAAAUAGGAGUAAGUAAAAAUUAAUUACCUAUAUCAAAGUUAUCUAUUCAAUCGAUAUUAUGAAGAAAAGAGGCUUAAGUCUCCAUCCGAAAAAAAAAUAGUAUUUAUUUUGCUUUAUUCGUCUAUACCCUAAACUCAAAAUUUUUAAAUAUACAACAGAUUUCUUUUUCUUUUUAACUUUUCAGCUAAUUUGAGCUGUAAAAUCAGAAAUUGUUUAAUAUUCAUUAAUCAAACAUUCAAUACAUUCGAUAUACAUAUUUUCGAUUAAAAAUAAUAAGUGGAAUAGUUAUUACUAUGCGUUAACGUUGUGUUAUGUUUUUUUUCACCACUCAAUACGUACAACAGACUUCGCUAUAUGGACCACUCAUUAAAAAUUUAGUACAUGCACUUAACGGAUGUAUAUAGAAACCGAGUAGGGAGACGCCAGCUUCACGAACUUAUGACGAUACUUCAAUAAAAAAAUAAAAAAUAUAACAACAAUAAAAUAACCCUUGAUUUGCUGUGCAAAACAUAUCACUACAUCGUCAUCAGUAGAAAAACCAAAAAGCAUAAAACGCGUCCUUAGCUUUUGUGUGUCGCAUAGUAACUAGAACACAAUAAACUUUGAUGUAGUUGGCUUAUUAAGUUUGAAACGAAUCAAAAAGUCUACCUGUAUAUUAUGACUUAUGAGAUAUAUAAAUAUAGGUAUUUAUGUAAGUAUAGCAAUAACAUCAGCUGCGAUUAUAUAAAACUGCAAAAAAAAAAAUAAUCGAAUUUUACUGUUUCACCCAACGUGUUGAACACGUCAUUAAAAAUAUGUAUUUGUCGUUUAUCUAUUCGUCUGUCCACCAUACAAAUCUAUACAGUUUUAUUCCGAUGUCUAUAAAACUCACAAAAAAUGAGGAAAGCCGCUGUAUUUUUUCCAUCCCGGAAUUUAACCACCAAGUUAUGGCCGAGUGCAUUGGAUUUUCAGUAUUUUUGUAACAAAAGUUGAAUUUCUUUUGAUUUAUUAAUUUAUGAGUUACCUUAGCGACACAGAUGAAAAAAAACAGUUAUUAUUAUUUGUUUUGAUGUCACUGAUAAAGAAUUACCUUUUUGAACAAAAAAUUAAUAGGCAACAACGAUUAACUGUGAUAACUGAUGAGAUUAAGGGCGGAAAUAAGAGAGACACGUUAAAUUUCAUUUAUUUUAUUGAUUUCUGUUUUUAAAAAGAAUUAGCCAGGGAAAUACUGCAGAGUAAUUCAGCUAGUAUUGGGUAUGAUAAAUAAUAAUGCAGGUGUAUAGUCGGACGAAAAAUAUAAUACCUAUUACGGUCCGUUGAUCUCAAAACAAAAGAGAAGAGAAUACAUAUUAUGAACGAAAGACAAAUGUAGAACUGAGGACAAUGUCUUUAUAUGAGCCAGACAUAUUUGUAGUUGUCAGAAGCCGAGGGAUAAAAGCUAGACAGGGCACGAUGUUGCGGCCAGAUGGUCAACUAAAAUAUUGCGUGGGAUCAUAAUAUAUAGAAACCAGACAAGAAAAUACCGCGAAGACACGACCAAGGAAUAAUAAUAAACUAAUACUAAUAAUAGUAUGCAUCAAGUUGUGCAUGGAGAAGACGAGGAGUAUAGUGGAAAAUGUGAAAGCCCAAAUUAGCAAAAAAAAAAAAAAAUAAUAAUAAUGAUAAACCACUUUUUAAAAAAUAACUCAAACAUUUUCACAUAAAUGAAUCACGAUUAACGAGCCCAUACAUUUUCAAAUUUAAACUUUAGAAUAAAAUUGAUAAAUAAUUUAACAAUAGUACUAGUAUUUAGACAAUAUACUCGUAUUAUGUGGGAAAAUGUUUUUAAAAAAAAAUCCCACUCUAUAAACGCAAUAACAUAAUCACACUAUAUAUAUUAAUAUACAGGGUAUAUCUGUAAAUUUUGACAUAGGAAAUCGCAACAUUUUACAAAUAAAUACACUCUAUAUACCACGCCAAAUAAUUAUAGGGAGAAAUUUAAUCUCAUCCAUAUAAUUUUCUCAAAAUUAUCAGUGUUAUUGUACUGAUUUUACUGUACGCUGUACGUUAUUUUUUGUUCUAUGUAUUUUUCCUCUUCGUUUUCGGAUCGAUUUUAUAAAAUUAUAUAAAAACUGUCCUUACUGUAUUUAUACGGAAGAGUUCGUUUAGUCGUUCGCGUGACGCAUUUAUCGCAUUACAUUGUAAUAAUAUUCCAUCGGCAUUAAUAUUACAUUUUGAAGUAUUUAUUAACAGUAAUUAAAUUUUGUACCUACCAUAUCGACUUACAAAUGAAAUUCGUAAAACAUGGAAUUUGAUUAAAUUUAUUAUUAUUUUUUUACUAAACGAGUAAUAAAAUAGCAUAGUAUACCCACAUAAAAAUAUUAAAUACCCUUAUAUUUGUUCAAAAAAACAGUCACCGCAUUUAAUCGCGUGAGAUAUACACAAACUUUUUAGAUUCUAAAUAUAACGAAAAAAUAACUACCAAUUAGUUUUUCUAUAAUAUGAGGUUUUUCUAUCAAGAAAACACUUUAUUUGGUGAAAAUGAUUAGAUUUUUCAAACCAUAUUAAUUAAAAGAUUCCAAUUAUUUGACCGGUGGAACUUUAUUUGAAAAGAACUGAUAUAUUUUUUUUAGGUGAAAAGUUGGGAAGGUAUAUAGAGGGACAUUUUAUGUAUAUCUGUACAAAAAGAUUAAUUUUGACGAAAAAUGCCUGAAGAAAUCAAAAAGUGACCUUCUUAAAGUACCACUGCAGUCAGCUUUUCUUUUAGAAAAAGUGCUACACUUAAAAAUCGGAGCAAAACUGCUGGUAGAAAAGUUGUCUAUAAGAAAAAAAAUAUGCAUCAUUGUAAAACCAAUACAUUCCUCGUUCAGCUCAGAAUUUGAAACACUGAUAACAAAUAUCGAUGUAUAUCGACUUUAUUCUUGUUAAUUUCUACAUUACCAACUAUUGGCUACAAAAGGAGAAAACAAGACGAAUGCCAGUUUACCGAGCUUCUUCAUUCAGGUUCGAUUUUUGAAUAAAAUGAUUAUGUCGUUGCGUGAACUGAAUGGUUCUUUAUAUUUUACAUUCUCGACUACUCAGUGGGGACCUGUCGGCGAACAAAUAAAACAUAAUUAUCAGCGAAAAUUAUCGUGUUUUAAAUCAUAAAUACAAUAAGCCUAUGAAUACUAUAUGUAAUGAAUAGUGCAAUUAAUUUACUUUGAAAAAUCAAUAAAAAAUGGCACGACUUUCUUAUCAAAAAAAUUAAUUAAUAAAAUAAAGAUCAGGCGAUACUGUAUAAAACUGUAUACAAGUACUAGUGUUAUAGCCCUCCCGAAAGCAGAAAUUAUAUAAGUUUAACGAUUCCGGACACGUGUGCAUCAUUUUUUUUCUUUAUCUUAUCGUUUUUUUUAUAUAUAUAAACAUAUACCAAAAUAACUGGUUUUUUCGGAAUAUUUUAAAUUUAAAUAAAAAAAAAAACUUUUUAGUUUUUAGGUACCUACACUAAAUAAUAAUAUUUUUAAUUAAUUUUAUUCCUUCAGUGUAUUUUAACGGGGCCGGUGCAAUUUUUAAUUUUAUACGCACGUGUAACUAAUAAUUACAAUAUUACACUUACAAAUUACAAAUAACUCGCAAAAAAAAAAAUCCUUUUUUUUUAAUAUUGAUCUAUAUACCAUAAUUAUUAAAAUGUAUUUAUACUGCUGGGUGUAUUUUAUAUUUGUGUACGUUUAAAUAUUUUAAUAAAAUUUCAUUACAAUCAAAUAAGUCCAAAAUUUAAAUAUCGUCGCUCAAACCACAGUUAUCUCAGUUUUUGUAAUUGUAUAAUGUACAGAAUGAUCAAAAACAUUUCAGAAAACAAUAGGUUUUGAUACAGUGUUCCUGUAAUUUUUCAUGGUUAUAGUAACCACGAGUUUAAAAACAUUAAAUUCCGGAAACCCUUAUUUUAUCGAAAGCAAUCUCAUGUUGCAGUUCAUAUAAUAAUAUAUAUAUAUAUAUAUAUUGAUUCACGUGAUUUCAUUCUUUCCCGCCUGCCUGUCUAUAUUAUAUAUAGUGAAACCUUUAAUUUUAUAAUUUGAAUAUAGUAAAUAAAGACACGCGAUAUAUAUGUUGUCUAUUAAAAUUGACGAAGACUUUAUUAGGGUUCUAUAAUAUCUAUAAUAUAAAACCGUGUCGAGUGCACAAAUUAUAUUAUUUUGUGCUCCGCAGACCGCUGCAGCCGCACGUGACCUACGGGCUUUGGUUCGUCCGUCCGGCCUUUGAUUUAAAGUUUAGAAGACCGGAAAGGUUUUGGAGGGGUAAAUCCAUUCCCACGACUACACACUCUACACUUCAUCAGUUUCAGUAAUUAUCUUUCGGGCUAAUAAACCACUAAAUUGUUCAACAUUGAAUAUUAAUACGUCAACGUUUCCACUAAACGAUCAAAAUUAACCCAAUCGAUUUGAAUAAUACACGAUUAUAAUUAUUUUGAAGACGUUAGUAGAAUUUUUUUUAAAAACCAUUAAACGUAAGCAACUGCCGCUGGGUCUUAAUAAUUGUUAAAUCAAAUGUUCAACACAACAAACAAUUAAAAAGGAAGCAAUUUUUAGAAUUACCAAAAAUAACUAAUUUUGUGAAGGCACAAAUUAGAAUUCAAAGGUUUAGAUGUGCGAUGAGGAGGCCGGAUUCAGUCAACCUAAAUACAGCAUUUGUGAGUAUAAACCGACUUACUGGAAAAUAGAUUUAUAGAAAACGUGAAAUAAAGCAUUGGACGGAUGGGAUGAAAUGAAACGUGGAUAAAUUAGAUUAUUAAAUGUAGUGAAUUAUGGCCAAAGAGAAUACACGUGAAGAGAGAAAAGGAUCAUUUUAUGUUUUUCAAAUUCGAAUUACAUAAUAGCUUUUUCUUAUUAACAAUAUGUGUACACUUUUUUAAUUAUGGAAAUUGUACCUAUAUCAUAGUACACAAUGGAUAUGACGUGUUUACCAGUUACGCAACAAUAACAGUCAAUGGUAGCGGUCAGCGUUCCAGAAUAAAGAAAGGAGAUGACAAUACUAACAAUAUAAAAAUCGUGACGUAUUCUAUCCUACAAACUAACAAUAUAGAAGCAACAUUCGAUCAGCUAACCGAUUUGUGUUUAUUUGUGAUCUGAAGUAUGAUCCUGAGGAAACAUUUCCGUUAACCAACUUGAUACAAAAAAAUAUUUCUGGUACGUUGGUACAUCUAUUCUUUUGAAUUUCUAUUGUUCGUUUAUAGGGUUUAAAUGGUUUUAGUGGUUUCAGUGAAUCCAUAUCAUCAUAACAUUUAACACUGAACAUACGGAAUGUCUGAAUUUCCUCAGCAAUAAAUUUAAUUUUCUUUCAUGAAAUAUUUCCUUGUUUUCGUGAGUAUUAGUGAGAACUGAUGGUACACUUUACUAGUGAGUGAGAUAGAAGAUUCAAGAACGUCUUAUAACAAAGCCUAUCCGUGUGUUAUAUCCGUUGUUUCUUUCGUUUCUAAAAUAUAUUUUAUCUUAUUAUCAAUACCAUAUAUUAUAUAUUGCGUACAUGACAAACAAUAAACAGAUAAACUUAUUUGAAACUCGCAGGAACUAUUAUGUUACCCAAAUUCAUUAGAACCCAAGUAGUGUAGAUCUGUCAAAAGCACUAAGGUCUAGAACCCAAUUGGGAUGCAGCCCUACAUCGACGACUGAAAAGAUCGCUUAUGGUAUAAAGGUAACCUACAUCCAAAUGUCAUUGUGACAACCGUCACUGUCUACUGCAGUUAUUGCACUAUUAGUGUUCACCUAUCUAUAUAAUAUGUAUAUACAUAUACAUAUAUAUAUAUAUACACAAAUAUUUCACUAUAUUUUACAGAACGUAAUAUUUUGUCGUCUUAGGUAAUUGAUAAAUAUUAUCCUGGGUACUUACGCACAAUGGCGUAAUUGAGGAAAUUCUUUUAGAGAGGGUUUCAAAAUAAAUCUUCAUGGGAGGUUAGCCCCACAGAACCCCCCCCCCUCCUUACCAACAUUUAAUAACCCAUCAACGGGGCUAGGAAUUUUUCUAUUAAAUGGCACGUCUGCGUUUAUAAAAUCACACCGUCCUAGUCACGUUCGAACGUGUAGUACGAAAAACCUAAAGUGAAAUUUACCAUUUGUUUUGACAUAAGCAAUUAAGAAAAUUGCUCAUCUAUAUAUGUAUACAAAAUAACAUGUCCUGACUGACUGAUUGAUUCAUCAUCGCCUAGCCAAAACCACUGGACGGAUCGGACUGAAAUUUGGCAUACAAAUAACUAUUAUGAUGCAGGCAACCACUAAGAAUUUUUGAAAAUUCAACCCCUAAGGGGGUAAAAUAGGGAUAUUUUAGUUUUUAGGUAGAUUUGAUACGAAUAUCUAAUUUCUUAUUUAGUUAUUUUUGUUUAUUCAAGGGUUACCUUGAUGUUACGGAAAAGAAAACUAUUAUAAUUAUUAUUAUUACCGUUAUUUAAACUAUUCAAAUUUCAAAACAGAACACAUUUAGUCCGCCGAAGGUGAACUAAAUACCCACUUACUACCUAUUUGUUUUCAUUCAAUUCUGACACGGCCAAAACCAAAAAUAAAUAUGGGUUAAAUAAUAAUAAUAAAAAUUGGCGCGGGCAACGCCGGGCGUGAGACAGCUAGUCUAGUAUAAUAAUAAACUAUGCAUAUUUUUGUACCUGCCAAUACAAUUAAACAUUUAUAAUUUUUUUAAUUUCAUAAUAGUUCUAAAAAUUUACAUUUGAACUUUAAAUUUGUAUAAGAUAACAAUAUACUAUAUAAAUACGGCUCAUGGGGGAAUCUGUCCCUCGCGUCCCCCCCUCAUAAUUACGCCCCUGAUUACGCGGUGUUUUCCCGUGCGGUAUAGACGCGCGUGACAGGACCGGAACAAUAUUCGUUCUCGCCAAGGCCACCAUCACAGCAUAUAUGUUGAUAAUGCCGUCGGCGGAAACAUGGUAGAACAUUGCCACCGGAGUAUAAACAUCGGCUAAUACAUCCGAAGUAAAACAUCCGCCGCCGGAGUAAAUAUAUACACUCGUUGCAUUAUGUACGGCUAUAUAGUUACGUCGUUAAUGUUUUUAAGGUUGACAAACGAAAUAUUAUUGUGUUAUACAACAGUAGGUUACGGCGCAGUAUUAAAUAGUACGAACUGGAAAUUAUGUAGUUUAUUUAAGUACAUUGUUUUUGCGCAGUAAGAAAAUCGGUAGAGAGGUAAAAUAUUUGAAAACGCAACAUGUAAUAAUAUAUGUAUGUUGUUCCUAUUAGGUAUACCUGGAAAAGGUACGAUGCGAAAAACUAUGUUUUCUCCGUGUUUAUAAAUCAUAAUAUAUAGGUAGGUACAGAAGAUGAUUAAUUUAUCGUACAACACUCAUUGUUUAAAAAAAGUAAAAUGAUUUUUGUUUGGAAUUUGUUUUUAAGAAAUAUGCCGCCGAAAAAUGUUACAAUACGGAUAAUUUUUCGUCAUUGUUAUAUUUUAGGAAGAAACGACUACCUGCUUUUGAUUUUCAAAUGGUGUUAUACAUUACAAAUUUCAUAAAUAGAUGAAUUAUUAGUUUAAAUCAAUUUCGGCGUUGAAAUUUUUAAUUCCUGUCAACGAGAUAUUCCACUUUUGUAUUUCGACGGGAAGAGUGGUAUUGGUGCAUCAUUUGUGUGGCGACAUGGCAAGCGACGUUUUAAUAGUGUUCCAUCACUCACCUCCCACCGAACCUUAAAAGUGGAAUAUCACGUCAAUGGAUUGACAGAAAUCAAAAAAUUGACAAAAAUAAGAGUAGGUAAUGUAAUAUUUUAGAGCUAUUAUAUCCUUAAAUUUUUUUAAAAAAAAAUGUACGCAUAAAAUUCCGAAAUAAUGAGUGUUUUACGUUAUGUUAACCAUCAUGUAUUUGAAAAGUAUACAUUUUUAAAAUCAAACAAAAUGCCAUAAAAUCUAUAAUCAUAAUAUAAUAGAAUCAAACUAAAUACGUGCAAGAAAAGCAAAUGGUUUUGUAUUACGAAAAUUUAUUAUAGCACUUUGGUAAAGAUAUAUUUUGAAUUGUAUAUAUUGAUAAAAAAUAAAUUUAAAAACAGCGGUCACAUAAUACUUUUUCUUUUUACGAGCAACGGCUAGUUGUAGCUGUAAUUAGAACAGAUUGUUGCAGGGGCAGUCAAACGGAGAGAGCGGAAUUAGGGAUAUAUAGUCUCCGUGACUUCUUGGUAUUUAAUAUUUAAAUUAAUAUAAAUUAAACUAUAUAUUUAUAAUUUAGAAUAUUAACUGUUAAAAAAUAACCAACCUCAUCCCCAUCUAAUGAUAAAAUUAUUUAACCACCAUCUGCUAUAGUUACCGAGUUGUAUAUACGAUUUAAAUCCGAGCGUCAAUAAAACAGCCAACUAGUCGUUCAAGAUUUUAAAAAAUUUUAACUUCAAAAUCUCACUGUCUCGCCAGCAAAACAACUCUAAAUCACCGAAAAUUCGCUCGAGAAAUAAUUAAUAUUAGAACACAUUAAAUAUACUUUAUAAAGAAUAAUACGAUCGAAUUUCCCUCUAAAUUCAAAAAUGGUAUCCAAUUUUACAUAUUUUUAUGAAAAUUAAACAGAAACUGUAACAAUACUAUUAGACGUUUAUUAUGUACUGUAACGUUAUCAUAAAUUUAGUAAAACUGUUUUUAUUUGUUGACUGCUCUCUUUGUAUCAAAUUCGUCAUAGAUUCGUAUGCGUAUUAAUUUCAAUGGUUAAAGAGCGAGGACGGCAAAGGACGUAGUCCGCCUUUUUCUUUAAUAUAAAAUGAUCAGUCCACUUUAGUUCAAAGCUUCGAAAUCCGGGAAAAGGACACUUUAGUUAUUGUCACAAAGAUUGUUUUAAUGGCAUUUUAAAAACUUGAAUUAUUUGUAUUAAAAUGAAUUCUAUUUAUACCUACCUAUUCGAUUAUACGUAAUGAGAGAUUGUUUUUAAUUUAUUUUUACUGAGAAGGCAUAAGCGCAGGAAAAUAUUUGAGGGACGUGAUGCAGUUUAUUUUUAAACCCUAUUAGUAUAACAUUCUUAUGAAAAAAUGUUGAUGAAACAAAAAUAUUUUAGGAAAGUUUUCUCCGUGGUGAAUUUCCAGAAAGUUUAAUUUCGACUUAGUUCUCGGGACCACGCCUCAAUAUUCGGUAAAUAUAGUCUUCUUUCGAUAUUGUUCCCGUUUUAACCACUGAAUUUACUUUAGAUAUUCGCACUACGUAGUACCUUAAUCAUUUUGAUUCACUUUGAUCGAGUUUAUAUUUUAUAAAACCCUACAUCUACAUUGUAUCUAUUUAUAUAAUAAUAAUAAUAGUUAUAAUUAACAUAUUUAUUAGCUCAAGAUUGUUAACGCGGAGUAAAUAUCAAUCAUAAUUAAAACUUCCAAGGCUCCAAAAACAAAAUUUGAAUAUUACAUAAAUAUUGUUAUAUAAGUAUAGUAAUAAUACAUCGGGUUGAUAGGUACUGUGUGAUAGGUUCGGAUAGAUAAUAUAAUACAGUGAUAAUGAUUAUUUAUUUCUAUUCAGCGGGGCGUUAGUUAUUUUUAAAAUUUAAAAUUCAGAAUAUAUAAUAUACAAUACAUUUUAAACAUUGAAACACUGAAAGACAUCAGAAAAGCUUUAAAACUGUAAAAAUAUAUAUUAUUAUAUAUGUAUACUAUAUAAAAAGAUUAAUGACGGUAAUUGGAAAUUAUUGUCAGAAAUGAUUGCGAUCAUACUCUUAUUUUUCAGUUGACAUUUUAAUUUCGUGAAACGUAUCGAGUUGAACUCGGCAAUGUCGUUUCAAGAGUCGAGAUUAAAAAGUUUAAGGAUACUCCCUGAUAGCAGAAAAUUAAAAUAAUUUCCCAUAUUAAGAAUAUUUUUUUCUGUCCCUAUAAGAUAAAACGUCACUCGUUUGCACUGAUAUAUAUUUUUAUUUUUAUUUUUUUUUUUUUUGAAAAAUUAUCAUUCACACCUUUGGAAUUAUCAGUAAUAUGAAUACACGCGUAUGUAAAUGUUCGAGGUUUUAUUUUUACCAUAAAGAAUGCUAAAAAUGCACGUUAAUGCGCAAUAAUUUAUAUCUGUUAUUAUUUUAUUUUUUGUUCAGUCAAUACCUAGUCGGGAAGAACAGUUGCACACAGUUGCACAUUUUACUUCCUGUUUAUAUUGCGAAAAAUCAAAGAGAAAAACCCGUAAGCGUAAACAAUAUUGUUAUAUAUAGGUUAAAUCAAUUAAUUUGUUUAGUUUUUAUUUUACUUUUAUUGUUAUUGUUAUUUAAUAAUACUGCAGUUAACAAACAAUUAUAUUUUACAACAUAACAUAUUUCCCUCUGUAUCGCCCACAUAGAAUUCAGACAAGUCUACAAUAUUGUAAUCGUGUUUAAAUAAUUAUUUUUAUUUUUAUUAAUUACAAUAAAACCAUGAUUUUGUACUAAUUAUUUUGAAAUUUGUACCAGGGUAUAUACAGGGUGUCUCACAGAGAUCUGAUAAGUGUAACAACUUUUGUUCUGGUCAAUAUGUUCAAGUUUUGUAUAAUAAACCGAUAAUUAGACCAUGAUUUUAACCAUUUCAAGACGUAGGACCGCGCGUGAUAUUGGAAGCGUCCUUUUAAAGUUUAUUAUUAUACGAAUUAUGACUGUAUUUUAAACAGGAAGCAGUUAAUUUACAAAAAGAAAACAUCGUUACAUAUAUGCAAACAAAAUAAAAUAGUAAAUAAUAUUUUAAAAAAAGACGGGCAUUCAUACUUCGCAUGAUGGGUAGGUUACUGUUGUAGAUGAAAAGUUGAGAAGGUAUAAUACAGAGGGGAAUUUAAUUUAUAUCUGUACGCAAUGGUAAACUAUUACUAACGAAAAACGAUUCGGAUCAAAUUUUCUUUUAUACAUGUAUGUAAAUUUUCCAGUUAUUUCUACGCUUUUCCCAAGUUGUCAUUUUUUUUUUUUUUUUUUUUAGAAGCAUUUUGAAAUCAAAUUUAAACAAAUAUCUCCCAAAAAAAUAACGGCACUUCAAAUUAUGUAUUACCGAACUGCUCUUGGAAUCGUCGUUUGUCAAGCAAUGGUUUAUCGUUACCUUCCCAACUUCUCACAUUCAACAGUGGCUGCUCCCACCCCAGUAUUAGUUCUUUUUUUAUAUUUGAUUAUAUAUUUUAAAAAAAAUCCGAAUUCCACAACAAUAAAAAAUACUACACACACCUUUGUUGGUAUAACGUAUAAAACUAAAUCUACCUCACACCCAUAAAAAAUAAGAAUAGACUUCUAUAAAUAAAUCCUAACCAAUAAAAAAUAUUGUUAAACAUAAUAACAUAAUAAUCUACACGAUACACUUUUUUAAUAAUUCCAAGUCCCUCGAAUUUUUCAUUUUAAUAUUUGUCAAAGUUAUAAACCUUGAUAGUUUCCCGGUAAAAGUACAAUAAUAACUGUGUAUGAAUUUUAAACCUUAAUCAAUAAAACCUCGAUGUUAAUUGUUUUUCAUUGUAAUUUUCGAUAUAGUUUGUUUCACUAUUGCAGUAUAUAAGUAUUAAUGAAAUAUUUUAUAAUAAGACCUAUACUGCAGUAUAUUUUAUAGAUCAUAUCUAUUGUAUUAUACAGAUAUCUGUACUAGUCGUGCUAUAUAAUAAUAUUUCUUUAGAACUGCGUCAAAGUUCAUCACAUCUUACUUUAAAUGAACAAGUUUCGUUUUUUUUAAUUUGUACGUGACUUUCUAUCGACUCAUUAUACUAUGUUUUUUUGUCAUGCCGUAGACGCAGAAUACAUAACGACUUAAUUACUAUGAAAAACUACCAAAAUCUUACCUGUGAGCCGCCACGUACAUUUUGAAGUACACCAGUAUGAGCGCGACACAAGGCGCCAAAAACGCGAUCAACAGCAGCACUAGACCGUGCGUUUUCUCCAACAUCGCAAUGGGUUUUUUGUCGUAAACCAGCAAGUCUUUGAAUAUGAUCGGCGAUGCCAGGGCGACCGAUAAAGUCCAAACCAUACCUAUGACUAAACAUUAAAUUGAAAUUAUCAUUUUAAACCGGCGAGAAAAUCUUAAAUUGUUUCGGGGUUAGAAGAAUUAAUGCAUUUUAAACUCGUUGCAUCGAAAACAUUUUCAUGUUUUGUGACGUGUGUGAAAUAUUUGAAUCAGUUGUAUUACGUGGUCUAUUAUAUUUAUAGAUUUACUUGUUUGGCGUUGUUUAUUGGAACAAUUGUCCACGGGUUAAAAUAAAAAAAAACUAAUUCCAAAUGAAUAUUAUUGAUUAUUUCUAUAUAAACACUAUAAUAUUUUAAAAACUAAAUUUUUUCUACAAUGAUACAAUUCCAUAUAAACUAUAGUCGAUAUUGUAGGAAUAUGAGAGAAUAAUUAUUAUCCGUUUUGUAUCUCCCCAUUUCUAUCUCAGUCCCAAUCACAGUUAACUGUGUUGUUGCCGGUUAUAAGUACCUAAUCUCUUGAUCAGGACAAUCAAAUUAAAAAAUAAUAACUGUUUUGUUCUAUCCAUGUCGCCCAGGUUACAAACAAAUCAACAAAAAAAAGGCGAUUUUCGUUUCGGAAACACCGAAAAUCUAUUAUCACGUCACCCCUCAGGGUUGAAUUUUCAAAUUUCAACUUGGAGUGCCAAUGAACGUGUUCUACCGCUUCUACGAGAAUUGUCUGUGUUCAUUAGAUUCAGACUAUAGACCAACAAAUUCUUCCUUUUAUUAAUAUAGAUGGAGAAAUCGUUUUAGAUUCGGAACGUAUUGAUUUUACUAUGAUGUGAGUUAUUUUUAUUUUUUUCUGUCUAUAAACAACUUUUCUACCUGAAAUCUUACUUCGAAGUAUCAAGUGUAGCACUUUUACGACCUUUCAAAACAUUGUGUGUAAUUGAACUUCACUCUGAAUCGUCUUUCGUUAGCAAUAGUUUAUCGUUGGUUACAGAUAUAAUUUAAAUAAUUUUAUAUAUCCCACCUUCCCAACUACCCACCUACAACAGUGACCACACCCGUCUCCAGUAUCAACUCUGCCUUUUUAUAUACUUUUUUUUUUUUUUAUCACUAUACCUAUAUUUUAUGUUAUUAACUCUUAAAACUAUAAUGAACGAUGAUAAGAAGCGUAGAAAUAAAAAUAAAAUAGAAUAAAAAGUAAAUAUUUGACAAUUUUGGAUUUAUGUGGUACCGAAUAAUAAAUGGGUUUUCCGUAUCGAUCAAAAGUCAUCGUUCUCUAUUUCAUAUCGUUAUAGGUUAGGUAUAUUAUACUCUCGUAAUCGUGACUGUCUGUAAGGUUAUUUAAAGUUAAUUCGACUUGUCGUGGUUAUUUUUUAUUUUGCGUUUUCAAUCGUAUAUACGAGUAUUUUCUGUCAUGUACUAUAAUGUACGUAGGUACUUAAACAGAGUCGAUAUUUUAUCAUAUGCCGUUUCUUAUAUUGAAGGUUUGGUUUGAUAAUAUUUCUAUGCGAAUAGAUUCUAUAUAGUACAUGUAAAUAGUGUAGAAAAUUGAUCGAUUUUAAAUCUAUUUUACGAAUUUCCCAGAUUUUACCACGAAAAUUCCACACAUACAUAAUAGGUUAUAAAGGUUCCUCGAGUACCUAUACUACGGUAGAUAACUAUAGUGUUCAGUUGUCUCGUUUGCUAGAAUAUGAUGGGAAAAAGUUUGAUGCGAUACGUCACAGCCUACAGGAGCAUAAUCGAUAUUUCAUUCGCCCUUACCUUAGCCGAUAUUUUUCUAAUUUCCCAUUAUUUUAUAGUUAAAAACGAAAUAACGAUAAACUUAAUUAAAAAUAAUUAAUUACGUAUACUCGUGGUUUAAAUAUUGUAAAUUCUAAAAUUUUAACUACCUGUCUAAAAACGUUAUUAUUCGUGUAAAACAUCUGAUUCCAUUACGGAAAAUUUAACGUGAAACGACCAGUUGUAAUAUAAUUUAUGUAAAAAUUUCCGGUCUAUAGUCCUUUCUCUCAAAACCAGCGUUUGACAGAUUUAGAUACCGACGUUUGCGAAAACAUAAUGCUUUUAAUUUUUAAAAGAAAUAUCUGUAAAUAUUUUUUUCAAACAAAAUAUUAGACGAAAAUUAUGAUAAUAAUAUUUAAAUAUAGGUGCCCCCGUCUUUAUCCACUAUGAGCAAUAUUCAAAUUAUUCAACACAUUUGACAGUCGAUUAAUCAUUACAUAACAUUUUUUUUAAUAUAAAAUAAUAAUGUUAAACUAAAAAAACCAUCAAGGUUAAUGCAGGGUUGCGAUUCACUAAAAUAUAACUGUAUACAAGACGACAGUGAUUACUGGCGAAUAUUAAAAGUAGGUACCUGAAUUUUAAUUUCGCUUUUAUACGCGAAAAAUCCUGUUCGUUAAUCAUCAAACUACAUUUCGUCCGAUUAUUUAAAUUUUUCUUUUUAUUAUAUUCUUUUAUAGUUACAUAAGAGCAUUUCUAGUUAAAAGGCGGUCACUCUAAAUAUCAAUAUUCAAGGAGCUCUAUAUAUAAACCAUAAUAUAAUAUGUUUACCCUAAAACAGUAAAAGUACUCCCCAACUGACUUUAGUAUAUUUUACUCGUUAUAGAAAUUUAAGACAACAUUAUAAUAUAACUAGAUAAAUGCAAUUUCGAUUUUCAAUUAAUUAGUGGACAAUAUUAAUAUUCAAAAUUAAAAGCUGCCCUGAUCUUAGAAUUAAGUAAAAACGAUUCCCUAACUUUUUUAUAAACUAAUAUUCAACAAAAUGAAUAGGUACAAAAACAUAGAAACUAUACAAUAUUCAGUUACAAUUUAAUUUAUGAUUUACAUUGAAAAUACACUUAUUAUUGGUUGUUCAUUAACCAGCUAGUUCUCCUAAAAUUGGAUAGUUCCUUUCUGUACGAAAAUGUACGAAAUAAACUUAUAUCAACAGUUAUAUACGUAUUAUAUUUGUAUGUCUAUAUUUAUAUUCACUAGGCGUAAAUUAGUAAUGGAAAAAAUUAAAAUAUAUAUUUCUACAGAAGUGAUUUCAAAUGAAAUUUAGAAGGAUUUUAACGCAAUUAUCUUAAUACAAUCUCUUAUUAUUAUACGAUAUUUAAAUUAAAACCCGAGUCAAAAUUUGCAUUUUAAAUUAAACGGUAUAUAGCUAUUGAAUUUUAUAAACCCUAGCGAGUUGAUGGUUUUAUUUUUUAAACUAUGUUCCAUUAUUCAUUUUAUCGGUGCACUCUGAAAAUAAUAAUAUUACGACUGGAAUCAUUUAGGUUCAAGGUUAUUGAUAAGUAGAUACAUUGUUGCUCUAUUUGAAACUUAUAAAAAUAAAAAAAAUAACAAAUAAAAUUCAAAUAUAAGAAAAUAUUCAAAAUAUAUUCAAUAUCAUCGGGAAUAUUUUAAUAAAAAAAAAGCAUAUAUAGAUAUUCAUAAAUAUUAUAUUUAUAAUAUAUUAUGUUUACAUAAAUAAAUAAUAUAUAUAUAUUCUUAAUAUAGACUUUUUAGUUGUGGAAUAUUUCAAUAUUUUGUAUUCUUAGCAACGCAAAAAGGCUGCCUAUUUGAUUAAAAAAUAGGGUAGGAUCCGAAAUUUGUUUUUAAAUUUUCAUGUUUUCUGAGCUGGAAAUUUUUUUUUUUUGUUCAGUUCAAGACUUGUUGCCUUUAUAGAAUACAAGACAUAAAAUAUUUGUUCAAAAAAAAAUGUAUAAUGUAUUAAUGUAUAUUAUAUUAUAUAUAAUAUAAAUAAUAAUAUAUAUAUAAUAAUAUAUAUAUAAAUAUAUAUAUACAUAUAAUAUUAUACAAUUUACUUAUCACGAUUUAAAUAUUAAGCGCGUCAAAAUAUAGGAAACACAUUCGUCAGAAACGAGUUAACAAUUUAUGAGAAGUUUCAAGUGAAAUUAAUAUUAAUAAACUAUUAGCGCACGUCCAUCAAAAUAGUAUGCACGUCCAACAUUUAAAACAUAUUUAAUUGCUACUUUAUCACAAGUGCUUUUUAUUUACGAAAACAAAACAAAACCGUUAAAAAUGGUAAAAAUAAUAUUUUAAUGAAGUAAAAGUGUCUUAUAAAUUAUUUAGUCCUUUGCAAGCUUUACUACGGUAUACGCAGAAAAUAAUCAGUUAUAAAAUCGAAAAAAAAAAAUACAAUUAUAAUGAUAUACAUGCGAUAGUGUUUUUAAAAAAUUGAAAAAAAAAGCUCUCCUGAAAAUAGAUAUUAUAUUGUGUGACCUAAAGCUGUUUGGCCUCUUAUACCUGAUAAUCAUAUAAUAUAAUAUUUAAAACCGGCAUUAAUAUUAUACUUUACUGUUUUUACCACCAAUGGUUUAAUUUUGACUUUAAAACGUAACCUUAAACAAUCGACUUGGAUUAUUAUGACUUAGAUCUACCAUAUUAUCAUCCCUUUUAUUUUUUUAUAAUUUUCCAAAAAUGUCAUUUUUGUUACAACUUCUUCGGUUUUUCUUUUUACUCUUUCAACAUAAUAUACGCGGAAAUUAAACGUCUUCAUUUAAAAUAUAAAGCAAACAUACACAAAUGUUAUUAAACACAGGAAUUGUUUAAAAUCAUUUAUAUUGAUUACUGCAAUAUUAAACACUAUUUUCGAGUCUUCGCGUCGCUAACCCAUUCUAUUGAAUAUUCAUUUUCAAACGCAAACGUGUCUAAUACAAUGAAUUGGAGCUUAUAAAAAGUCUGCAAUGUGCAUAAAGGUACUCGAAGUAAGCGUCUUGUUAUAUUUGUAAUUUUGUAUUUUCACUUAUAUAUUUACACAGUUUACACACUUGCUUAAGGUAGGUAACAAAAAAAAAUAACUGAUACUGCUAAUGAACGUUCUACUUUUAUAGAUGGAGAGUUGGGUAGGUAGAAAAAAUAGAGGAAUUAAAUUUAAAUCUAUACGCAAUCGUUGCCAACAAAAAAAAAAAACCCCCGGACGAUAUUCAGUGUAAUACAUUUUAAAUAGUACGAUUUUUAAGAUUUUUACUAACUACUCAAACGUUAAACACUUAUAAAACAACUACUAUAUUACGCCAAACUUAUAAAGUCUGAAUGUUUCGAAAAAUCUAUUGGUUUUACUAUGUGUGGUUUUUUUCCUUCUUAUUAAUUUCCGUCUGUAAUCAAGUUUUUGCCAGAAAUCUUGUUCUAAUAAAAAGAUGAUAAAUAUUUUUUUUAAUACAAUUAAGAUCUAAUUGAUGCAUUAGAAAACUCAUUUUUUGAUUUUCCAAGUGAUUCUAAUGUUUGGGAAAAACUAGAAAAAAAAAGUGUAGGAAAACAGAUAAAUAAUUACGACAUUAAUAAUUUUAUUAUUUAAACUUGUAUACUAAACUCGAUUUUACCAGAAAUCUUACUUUAAAUUUUAUGAACAACACAUUUUCUGAUAUCAAAUUUUGUCUUAUUAGUGUGUACGUUUUAAUUAUAAAAAAAAAAAAAAACUAUUACAUAACGAAAACUUUUAUAGAUAACCAUAUCCAUUAUCCACGCAUCUCUAAACGCCGAAACCAAUACAUAUAAUAUAAACUGUCGUUAUUAUAUUAUAACAAUCACAGCUUUCUCGUACAACUUUAUUAAUUACCAACAAUUAGUUACCACUUAUAGGGAUUACCCCUUUUAGCUUUUUUCGAUAACAAAAUAAUUAUUAAUAGUUUUCGUUGUUUAUAUUUGUUUUUGAUAUUGAAUUAUUUUCGUUUAGUAACGGUUUUUAAAAACGUUUUUCUUAUAAUUUUAUUUCCGCUUUUUUCAGAUUAUAUUGAAAACGCUUUAAAAAAUUUAAAAAAUGAUUUCUCUUAAAAACCGACUAGAUCCAAAAUGUAACAAAAAAGUUCACUUGUCAUUUUUCUGGUCGAAAAGUUGUUUACCGAAAGACAAAAACCCACAUCAUAGUAAAACCAGUAGAUCCUUUGCUUCACAUGGAAUCUUAAAACCACAUAAUAAUACAACCAAUAAAUUCCUUUCUCCGUUCUGAAUCUAAAGCCCAUAUCACAUAGACAAACACAUAUCUUAUAAACACAAAAAUAAUAAUAUUUUAUUCCUAUGUGUAAAAUUAUUAUAAAAAUAUAACACGGUUGAUACAUACCUAAAACGCUUUUUUGCCUGGUGACAUUAGUCGCGUAAUGGAGAGGACUUAGUACUGCUGUGUAUCUGUCCAUAGCUAUGACCAGUAUUGAAAAUAUCGUGGACGUGGCGACAAAUACAAUCAAAACUUUAUUUAUAGUCUUAACGCCGGACACCAGAAAUGAUGGACCGAGAACGGUCGACGACAACAGAUCGGAAGCAAUUAAACUGCCGACAAAUCUGUAAUUAUAUAUAUUAUUAAAUUUUAAACAAAUAAUAUGUCAAUUUCAAUUAUUAUAUGUGGAAGAGUAAAUAAUAUAAAAGCAAGAUAAUACAAGAUAAUAAAGAUAAAGAUAAAUAAAAAAAAAGAUAAUACAAAAUCAAUAUCUAUUAAUUAUAAUCACGAAAUUAUGCAAAUAGACGAGUUCACAUACUAUUAAAAAUAUUAUAAAUAGCAAUACCGAAAGCAGUGCUCAAAUUUGGAGUGACGCAGGGCGGAGUACUUCAACUAAUUUUUCAAAAAUUUAAGCUUACCUCUACUAUUUUUUUCAGGUGGAACACAUGGGACACAGUGGCAGAUACAAAGAGGGAGCGAUAGGCGACCGUCCCCCCUCAGGCAAUGCGAUUCUAAUGUCCUACGAUUGUUUAUAUAAUUAAUAAUAUGUAUCUUUUUAAUAAAAUACGCUACUCAUUGGAAUCAUCUGACACUUUUGGGAUAGUACAUAUUUUACACUUCCAAGCAAGAUAUAUUUCCAUUAAAAUUUGAACGUCAAAUGCUUAUAAAAAAUACUAUAUUACAUUCAACUUUUUUCUCCCGCUAGUUGCAACUUACCAGAAUAAUUUCAAUCAUAAAAAACUAAAUGAAAUUCUAGAAAAAUUGAAAAUGUACUAUAAAUAACUGAAAAAUUUCCAAAAUGUUUUAAAAACUGUACCAUGUCUGGAGAGGGCUGUAUAUAUAUAUAAGAAUAUUCCUAUAUAAGUAUUUGGUGAAAUUUCUGGCUUCUACGAUUAUUUUUCAUUUAAUAAACAGAAACCAUUACUCUGAAAAUGUAACAGUUAAAAGUUUUCUCGGCGUAUUUUCUAGGGUUUUCCCCAUAAUUAAGAAUACUACAAAGAAAAUCAAAAAAUAACUUCCUCAUUGCAUCAAGAGAUAAAUUAUUUUACUAGAAAUCACAUCUAAUGAUGACGAUCGGAGCAAUAUUUUUGGUAGAAAAGUUGUUUACAUGACAUAAAAAACUAUAAAAAAACAUAAGUCAUACAGUAAAAUCGUAGUAGAGUCUAAAAUAAAUAUUACAUUAUGUAAAAAAAGAUUUAUCUUGCAAUAGUGUUAUUAGUGUUUGUUUUCGGAAAUUGUCAACUAUUGAAUUAUUUUCGAAAAUUAGUACAGAGGUGUGAUGCCCCCUACCGGUUAGGUUGAACUCAAUAAUCGUAAAGGACACUAAGUUUGAGUGAAUCUUAAAGUCUCUCUCCUUUUAUUUUUCCAAUUCGAGCACUAGCAGGAAGAGAUAGUUUUCUAAGCUAAAAUAACUUUCAACAAAACAAUUUCACAUCAAAGCAUACUAAAAUAGUCUAAAAAAAUGCAUUUAAGACAUAAGUUUUGAGCAUACUACUAUAUAGAAUUUAAACUUGGACGAUAGUAACAAAACAUCAUAGGAGAUCAGAGAUGUUCCGAAUGAAGUUUUACAGAGGAUGUUAAAAAUAAGCUGGCCAGAAAGAAUAACAAAUAAUGAAGUACUGAAUUAAAUAUCGGAAAUAAGAACACUAUAGAAAAACUUGAUACGACGAAAUGAGUGGACUAGACAUAUAAUCAAUAUUUCAAUUGGUAGAGGGUCGUGGGGAGACGAAGUACCACUUCUUAUCUUAAAAUAUUUUAGCAUACCACUCCUAAUUUUUCAUAAUGGUCUUCAUUAGGUUGAAUUCAAUCUAAACAAGGGGCGAUACAUUUCUUUAAGGCUCAUAGUUCUCAUUUUUUUUUUUUUUUUAAUUUGAGUAUAGCUAGACAUAGCUCAAAAUGAAAGUAUAAUAACAAAUUAUUUUUAAAUUAAAUAAAACUUCAAUUCAUAAAUCAUUUUUUUUUUCAAAUGUCACAAUGAUAAUGUAUUUUUUUUUAUCUUGUACGUAUAGUAUUGUUCAUAUUAUUUUAUUAAGUUAAAAUAACAUUAAAUGGUAAUAACUAUAGAUAAUAAAUAAUUAGACAAGACCCGCCUAUAAUAAUUUCAUUGAAGUCUCGUGCUUUUUUAGGAAUAGAGAUAUCAUAGAUUUUAAAAAAAUAAGUUAUAUAAUGUCAAAAAAAAUAAAAUAAUUAUUGUUUUACAACAAGAAUUAUUUGAUAUAUAAUAAAAACUUUAAAACAUCAACCAGCCUUGUAUGUGUAAUUUUGAAUUAUCGAAAAAAAAAACAUUCGAAUUAACUUUUAAAUAAAAGUCCACCAUAUCAUAAACACAAAUAUUUGUUGUGUAAUAACUUUGUUGAUAUUUUAUAAAAUCUAUUACCCAUUUCAAUUUGAUCAUUCCUAAUUAUUUAUAAUUUCAAUAAUAUACUUAUAAGUAUUAAAAAAUCUAUAAUCCUAUUAAAAUUGAUUACAAAAAAAAAAAAAAUAAAACCAUAAAUCAUUCUUCUUUUUUUUUGUUUUAAUCCCUGCCACUAACUUUAAAAGACGUCUUUUAAAAAUAUAAUUAAAAAAAAAAAGUAUUCCUAGUUUUGAACAACUUCGUCACUUUUCUUCGUAAUCGUAUACCUAUUUAUUAAUAAUUAAAAAUAUUUUAACAAUAUAAAUAAUACUAUCCAUUCUUUAUGAUAUUAAUUUAUUAACACGUAUAAGACUACAACGCUAAAAUUGACCGUCUAGAAACAAAAAAACAAAAUCGAUUACAAAUGAUAAAAAAUAAAACAAUUUUUAAACGGAUAAUUCUUAAUUAUUUUUUAGGUAAUACAUAAUUUAAAACAUUGAAAACGUAUGAAUUAUGAAACUAAAAUAAUUAUUAUAUUAUAAUAUACCUACAUCAGGUAUAUUAAUUUUUUAGAAUUAUUAUUUACUCGUCUCAACACACUUUUACUAGCGCUUUACUAAGUAUUAAUUAAUUAAAAUAAUGAAAUGUUGGCUAUGUAGGAAACGAGUCCUUAAAUAGUCUCGCCAGUCAGUUAAAAUAAUAAUAAUUGAAAAAUAAACAGUAGUCGACCUGUUUGAAGGAGAUCUGAGUGAAGGCUUCUUGUAGAACAUCACUAGUACGACAAUGUUGAAAAACGCUCCGAGUACGGCUAAAAAUCCAAUGCACGUAAUUUUGACCACUGUAACAAACAAUUAAUCACCGCAAUAAUAUCAAUAUCAAUUUAAAACUAAUUUAAACACAUAAAUAAUAUAUAUUUUAGAACAAAACGAUUAUUUUAACAAACGUUUUUUUUUUUUAAUUUAAUUAUUUUAAUUUUUAAAUUUUAUAAAUUAAUUUAAGAGACGCUUUACUUCCUGGUUUUUCAUCAUUAUUAGUAAACUACAAGAAAGUUUUAAAAAUAAGCUACUUUUUUAACACAACCCGAUAAAAUUGAUUCCCCGAAACCCGAAGUUCAUGAAAAAUCUAAAAAAAAGAAGUCAAAGAAAGAUUUCUGGUCGAAAAUUUAUUCACAGAAAACGAAAAUAAAUAAAAAUUACACGUCAUAGUAAAAUCAAAACGUCCCUUGCUACGCUCGUGAUUUGAAAAAUAUAAGUGUAUACUUGACAACAUCUAUGGCAGGUCCUCCGAAAACACCAUAAAUGAUGGUCCUUUAAUCUUUUAUGGUUAGGCAAAGGGUACAAUAGGCGCGGUCCAGUAGUUAAUACGUCUAUGGAUUAUACUAAUUUACUAUACACGCUAUAGGAAAAUAGAAAAUUGAUAGAUCGGUAUUUCGGUGAUGGAAAUGGCGUAUGCAAUGAUUUUGUUGGUCCGUUUUGCUAUAGUGAUGGUAGCACAGGAGUAUAAAUGAAAAUAUGAAAUAUAGCUUUAUUUCCAGCAAAACACGGAACAAUAACAUGACAAAAUUACAUUAUUGUAUACCGCACGCCGUGCGGUUGUUUAAUCGGACAAUAGUGUGCGCGAAUGAAGACCGAAAAUUUUGCAGUUAAAAUCCAAGAACUUUCAAAGUAGACACUUUACGUUUUCGUUGUCGUGAGUUCUACCGAAUUUGGAUGCCAAUAAUAACAGCUGCAGACAUACCCAAUAAUAAUUUAUAUGAAUUCGAUCAGAAUUUCGCUGUCAAUCCUUUAAAUAAGUCAACCGAAACCGCUUGAUAAUAAUAUAUGAAUACCGAGGCACGAACACAAUAAAUAAAUCCAAGAUAAUCGCGACCAGAACGAGAAUAGAGAACGAGAACAGAACGUUAGUAUUAAAACAAAAAUGGUUUGGUUCCGUAUCAUUUUCUAUAAAAUGCAUUAAGUUCAACGCUUGUGAAUGCAUACAUAUAUUAUAGAAACUACGUCAGCCUAUACUAGUUAUGCAUCGUUAUGUUUCAACUCUCUAUAAUUAUUGUUAAUUUGACACAGACUUCAAUAGAUUCAAAAUAACUCUUAAAAGAACCGGUUUUAGGGCUUUUCGGGUGUUUAUUCGGCUACGUGUAUUUUAAUUUCGGGUGCAGAGAAGAAACUAUUAACUAAUUUCUAGUUUACUGAGCUGUACUAAUACUGUACACGAAUAUAUCGGCAGUGGGACUUAUCUAGAUAAAUUUUUGGUCAUCUUUUAUCUUAUUUAGAUAAAUAAAACCAAGUUAUCUAAGUACUUGUCUAAGAUAACAUUUUUACUUAUCUAGAUAAUUGUCAGAAACCAACUAACCCUCAACAUUUUAAAAUCGAGAUUUAGGUUAACUGGGUAGAAAAUGUCAGAUUACGCAUUUUGCUAAAAACAACCAUAUACCACUAUUGGAGUGUAACGCUUUCUAUGAAUAUUUCAAAAACGUACAGAAUGAACCUACUUAGUUAUUUUACAGGAAUAUGACAUAUUAUAUAAUGUUGACGAAGCAUCACUAUCAAUUGAACUCUGCUCAGAAUCGUUUAUAUAGUAAACAAUAGUUGAUCGUUGCUUACAGAUUUGUUGCAUCCAUCAUAUUUAGAGACGUCAUUUUUCGAUUUUCUCCAGAGUUUUCUCAACAAAUUUGAAAAACCAAAACAAAACGUUGGACAAACAGAACAAUUUAAGAAAUAUAGGCAUUAGUUAAAAUAAUUAUUACGGCUUUAUUUUUUCCUGUGAACAACUUUUCUACAAACAGUUUUGCUCCAAUUUAUAAUGGUAGCAAUGUUUCUAAAAGGAAAUUUGACUGGGGAAGUACUAUAAGGAGGACAUUUUUCUAUUUUCUCAAGAGUUUUCCCAUCAAAUGUGAAAAACCAGAAAAACAUGGGAAAACCAGGAAAAUCGGUACAUAAAACAAAUAUUAUGAAAGAUAAUAUAAAAUGCUUAUUUAAUUAAUUUAACAUAAUAUAACAUAUAUGUUGUUUACACAGCAUCACUAUUAACUGAACUCUGCUCAGAAUUAUUUUUUCGUUAGCAGUGAUUAAUUGUUGCUAAAAGAUGUGCAUUAAAAUAUCUAUAACAGUGGCUGCAGCUGUCUCUUUUACCCUAGGACAUUUUGUUUUUAAUUAAUUAUUUAAAUUACCUAUAUAAUAUAUAAAAAUAAUUAAUUUAUAAUUAAAUAAUCAUAAUUGUAAUAUAAAGCGUUUUUUAACACCCAUCUUGAGUGUUUCGACUAAUUUUUUAUACACAAAAAAAAAAUAAAACAUCAGCUAAUAUUAAAUAUAAACAAAUAACAUUUUUUUAAAAUGUCUAUUUUUUAUCUAGAUAAAAAUGUAAUUAUCUUUUGUCUUAUUUUAGAUAUUUUCAAUUUUUUUAUCUUUUAUCUUUUUUAGAUAAAUUUUGCACUAUCUAUUCCCAACACUAUAUGUCGGACCAAUAUUGAUUUUGGUGGUUUAAAGUUUAUAUAUAUUUAUUUAUAAAAACGUAAAACGAAGCUAAAGAGAAAAAAAUAUUUCUGUCUGACUUCCAUAUAACGUACUACUAUACGAAAUGUUAAUUAUUUAUAUAAUUAAUAAUCGAAAUCGAUUAAAUUUGACGUGUCACAAUUUUCAGAAAAUACACACUUAUAAAUGAGUUAAUUUUACAAACAUAUUUAUAAUGUGAAAAAAUAAAGAAAAACCGUUAUGAUGUCUUUUUUUUUUUUAUCGAUCAACAUGAUUUCCAGUGAAUUUUUCGUUUAUAGACGAAACAUUAAGAAAAUGGGUUUUUUUUUUUUUUGAAACUAAGUACUUUUUUAUAAUAGUAUAAAAAAAACUGACAGUAAAUAACGAUAAGUGGGGUAUUUUUUUUGAGAAAAUCAACGAUAAACAUUGAAUAACGAUUAAACCGCCACUUUAUUUUUUAUGGUUCUCUAAAAUUAUGAAAAGGUACCCUAACGCGAUACUAAUCUCUGUUCAGUUGCUGGGAGUUGUAAAUAAUUUAAAAAAAUUAAUUAUUUUAAGUAAUUAUAAAAAACAAUUAUACUAUUUUCUUAUCUGUAAUUUUCAUUUGUUGAGUUCAUUAAACCGAACGUAUAUUAUGUUCAUUGAUCAAAUUCAAACCUAAUUUACGAAAGCAGAAAUGUAUUAUAUAACCGAAGAAAAAAAUAAAUAAAUAAUUGAAACAAAUCACCGACAAAUAAUAGACUGGUAGCGUUCAAUUUAAAUGCUAUUCACGUAAGAAAUAACGCAUCACGGCCAUCAACCAUCAUCAACACUGCUACAGUAAAAUAUUAACUUCGGUGAAGUGAAAACAGAUUCAUCUAGUGACAAUAUUCGUCAAUGUUUUAGGGAACUUCGAAAAAAAAAUGACAUCCUAGGAUAAUGGAGACAGGUAAAGCUACCGUAAUAAAUAAUUUAAUGUAUACCUAUAAGCAACGACAUAAACCAUUGCUUACGAAAAAACGAUUCUGAGCGGAGUUUAGUUGAUAUUAAUACUUUGUCAACAAUAUAUAUGCCAUAUUAUGGUAAAAUAAUUAAAUAGGCUCUAUAUAUUUUCUUUAAUAACAUUUGUUUAAUAUUGUUCCUAUUUUCUCGGUUUUCUCAGUUUUUUACAUUUGCUGAGAAAACUCCGGGAAAAAUGGAAAAAAGACCUCUUUAAAGUACCCCAAUGAAAUUUCUUUUCAAAAACAUUGCCAUGAUUAAAAUAUGGAACAAAAUUAGUGGUAGAAAAAUUGUCUACAGAAAAAAAAUAAACAUCUUUAUAAAACCAUAAGUUUCUUCGAUCCACUCAAAAUUUAAAAGUACAGAUUCCAUUUGAAGGAACAAACUUAGAGAAUUGAAAACGACUAUUUUUCUAUAUGGACUAUAUGAUUUAUACUAUAUUUAUAUAGUAUAGUAUAGUAUAGUAUAUAGUAUAGAUGAUAACAUUUUCUUAUUGAGAGCGUGCGUUAUCAUAAGAGCAGGUAGAUAUUUCAAAAGAUUUGAGAAACCCUUGAAUAUUAUACACUCGUUAUGUUUGUCCGUUUAUCUUUGAAAUUUGAUCACACAUAGGUAAGUCUAAUAUAAGUAUUAUUACCAAGUUUCAAGUCUCUACAUGUAUUUAUAACUGAAUCACAGAAAUUAAAAUUCCUCAGAAGCUCAAAAGUUUUGACGAUGAUACCGUAAAAAAGUAAAUAAAAAAGGCAACAAAAAGGUAGAAAAAAACGUGUCCACAGACUAGAAGAAAGAAAGAAAUAAUAAAAAAAAUAAACAUUUUAGUAAAACCAAUAACUCUCUCGCUCAAUCUAAAAUGUAACUUUACGGGUUGUUAUUAAGAAUAUUAUGUUAACUAAAUUCAAACAAACCGAUUAUAUGCACGUUAAUAAUAUUUUCACGUCUUUCUCCCCCCUCCCUCCAAUAAUAUUAAAAAUGUAACGUGCAUUCUGUACAUUUUAUGAAAAUUUUAUUUUUUUUUUUAUAAGUGAAUAAUAUAAUUAUCAAAAUGACAAGAUAUACAAAAUGAAAUAUAUCAAUAUGAAUAUAUUUUUCCUUAAACAUUUAAAUUUUAUAAUUUACUUGAAAAUUAAAAACUUAGUUAUAUUUCAGACUUACCAUUGUACCAGUCCUGGUCAACGUGCAUUAUGAAUCAUCCGCAGCCAGUGGAUGGUACUCGGCAUUUUUACUACUCUAAAUUCUGCAUUGAUAAUACUCUCUAUAAGAACUCGAAUCGCGUACCUGAAAUAAAAACAAAAACAUCAAUAUUAAUGAUAUUAUUGUAAGUAAACUCCAUAUAAAUAUCAACGUUAAUUUAAUAAGCGUUAGAAGUUUAUUUUCAGUGCUCUUUUAUGUUUUCCUUUUUUUCUACAAAAAAAAUAAUAGUUUAACAGGGUAAACAAAAACGACCUGUAUAGUUAAAUAUUUUUAUCAUAAUUUAACUAAAACCAAUACAUAAGCUAUACAAUAAUUCGAAAAUAGUUUAUAACCAAUCAAAAAAACUAACCAAUUCGAUAAUAUUAGUAUUUAUAAAAACACAUAUGGUUAUUGAGUAGAAAUGUAUUUUAUACGGGAAUAUCAGGCGUAAUAAAGGGGAAACCUUAGAGAAUUUACUUCGACUAGUAGAUAAUUAGAAUUCUGAGACCUGGUAAAAUCUGAAAAUCUGGAACCCGGAUACUAAGUCGUUACAAUAGGCGCGUUGCAUCAAUAUGAUCACCUAUAGUCUACGCCGAAUAAAAUGUAGAUCAACGAUAUUUUUACAAUUUUUUUUUUUUAUUUUAGAUUUAUGGCGCAGUGAAGAAUUUAUUUGUUUUACUAUGAUGUGUAUUAUUUUUAUUUAUUUUUUUAUAUUUGUAAACCAGUUUUUUACAGAAAAUCUUAAUCUAAUUAUCAAAGUGUAGUACCUUGAAGAAAGAAAAUUUUAUCCGGGCGGUACUUUAAGUAAGUCAUCUUUUAAUUUUCUAAUUUUCAUAAUAAUUUAAAACCUGGAAAAACUUUAGAAAAACGGGAAAAUGUACGUACAUUUAUAAAAUAAACUUCGCUCCGGUAUAGUUGUUUGUUAACAAUGGCUUGUCAUUGCGUAUAGAUAUAAAUUAAAUUCCCCUCUAUAUCCUACCAUCCUAAAUUUUCACAUUCAAUAGUGGCCCAUCCAUCGAACAAAGUAUGUCCAUCUCUUUUUUUUUUUUUCAUUAUGUAAAUUAUCUACGAAAAAAUAGAAAAACAAAUAAAACUCAAUAGUUCUCAGUUAAUGUAAUAGUUUUUGAAGAAUAUCGAUAAGGUUCAAAAAGAUUUAGUCGAGCUGAUGAGAUGAGUCUCUCAUCGGGUGAAUCAAAUAGUUUUGAUAUUUAAAUACCACUAAUGACAGAGAAUAGUUUUAAUAUUCAAAAAUGCCAGAAGUUAGUUUUAAGUUUUGUUAAUGAAACGUCGAAAAGCAAUAAUCCAGUUUCUGUCUAAUAUAGGUGGCUUUUGACAUACACAAUAAUGUUAUAUAUUUGUUUCAAGUUAGAAUCGACCGGAUCUGAAUGAAAAACGCAAUACGACAUUUCAUUAAUAAUACAUUUGAAAUCCAUUUAUUUAGUAGAUAGAUAUUAAAAUAAUAUUAUCUAAGGGGUCUAUAAUAGUUAUAUUAUUUCAGAGGAAAACUAAACAAAAAAUAGUUUUUAAUACUUUUCACGAGAAAAUUCAAACGAAAGUUGGACGAAUGAAAAUGAAAAUUAUAUUAUUUCAGAACUCGUAGAAAAGAAAAAUCGAAAACUUUUCCACGGUAGUAAAGCUCAAGAAAUUUUCACUGCAGGGUAUUUCAACUUCAAUAUCGGUUUUCUAGUAAAGUACAAUUAUAUAUGAUAUAAUUAUUGAUAUUAGUUAUAAUAUUAUAUAUAUAAUAUAUAUAUAUAGUCCAUUAAAAAAGUUUUAGGCAUAGGCAGACCUAAAGUUGUACAUUUGGGUGUGCCCAGUAUUCUAUGUAGUUAUUUUAGAUUCUGAGUAGAACGAAUAAGCUUAUGGUUUUACAAAGAUUUUUUUUUUUUUUUUUCAGUGGAUAACUUAUAAAUAAUUAACGAAAUAAUUAUUAAAAUAUAAAUAAUUCGUAGAUACGCAUUUGACGUAAUUUAAAAAAUAGAGACUAUACAAAAAUGUUUACUGGAAUGUGUCGGUCUAAAACUAAUAGUAUUUAAAUUUUAGUUUGAAAUCUCGAUUUCUUCGAUUCGGAUGACCAUUAAAAAGAAUUAUUGCCUUAUGAUAAAUUAUUGCUUUAUGAUAAAAUCGAAUAGUCUGUGUGUAUUAGUAAAACAUACCUUAUUGUUUUUAAAUUAUCAUAAAUAUGAAUUUCGGACUCUUCUUUGGAAAAUGCAUGGUGAAUCUCUAAGCACACUUUUCUCAGAAGUCAUAUUAUAUUUAUGAGAGCAAGAAUUUUCCACAAUAGAUUGUACAAUUGUAAAUAUAAGGAAAACUAAAACGAAUAUGAAUGUUGAAUUCGUCGAAGAACAAUAUGUCUUUCACAUAUUCGAUUUUGAAUAAAGGAUUUGUGUGACAAAAAAAAAACAUCAAAUACCUAAGUCUCAAUAUCGUCUUGUUGACCUAUUCAAUUUGUAUUUAUUAUAAACAACAAAUUAUAGUUGGAAAUAUUUAUUCAUACAGGACAAGCACAAAAAAAAAAAAAAUACGCAUAUCACAUAAUAGUAGUAAAAGGUAAAUUAUGAGUCCAUGUUAUUAGUACGCAUAAAACGUGAAAUAAGAAUUUGUAUAGUAUAAUGAGCGGACAAGUGUGAUAUAAAGAAAGAAGAUGAAAAACGCUUAAAACUAAGUGAUAAGACCCGGAAUUAAAAAAAAAAGCUGCGAUAGUAUGUUAGGAGAAUCAAUUAUUCUAUAAAAGAGAUUGGACAAGAAUAGGGAGUUAGCAAAAUGUCUGCGGUCAGCAAGGUUAUCUAACUCAUGAAGGAUAAAAGAAGAGUAUAAUCGUGAGGAAGACUAAAAAUAUUUAGUCUAAAAUCAACAAGAUUAAUAAAUUUCUUCGGGACACGCUCAAUCGUCAUAUACCACUGAAAAAAUUAAAUUCCAGUGGACAAAACCAUGUUCAAAGAUAAAACAAACAAGAAAGCAAAAAAGACCAAAGGAUAAGAGUGAGUUAUUUUACAAAAUACAUAAUUGUGUAGGAUAAUGAAUUGUACUUAUUUAUGUAAUUACUGUUAAGGGCAAAUGUGUUAUUUUCGAUGUGCACUAAGAUCACACUGUCUUAGAGAUUACUGCAGUCCUGGUUAGAAUGACACAUAUUAUUUUAUCAAUUUGUAAUAACAAAAUAAAUUGCAAUAUAUUAUUUUUUUCUUUUUUUUUGAAUUUUAUUAUAAAUUUUAACUUAUAACUCAUAUAAAAGUUAAUUACGACACAUAACGCGCAACUUUAUGUUAUACUACUAAACACAAUUUAUGAUGAACCUCGUUUCUUUUUUAGCAUUUAUUUGAACCAACAAAAUGUUAUCCAUAUAAGACCAUGCGAUUUUAACAGCUGUAAAUAACUCAACAAAUCCGAGGAUAUUUCGAAAAGCUUAUUACGUUUAGAAAAUACUAAUAAAAGUAGGUACUGGGUAAAAUUUCAGAUCUCUACGGUUAUUUUUCAUCAAAUAUUAAAACGAGAAAUAACAAAAUGUGUGAACCGUUUAUUCGAUAAUUUUAUCUGGUUUUUCACCAAAAGUGGCACCAACUAAAGAAUAUUUGUUAUCACUACUAAAUUUAUGACUGGAGUCAGUUUUCUGGUCUAAAAAUCAUAAGAAAACACGGAAAGUGGCCCACUAUCUUCUGGGGUAGUAAAUUACAUAUAUAUAACCAGUACACCGUUGAGUGCAAUGAUUAUUGCACAAUUAUAAAUAAGUUUUCUUUGCUAAAUAGUUUAUAUUAUAUACCAUUUUCACUUUAACACUGCCAAGGAGGGACUGAAACCCUCUCAUUCCUAAUAUACGUUUAUGACUUAAUUUAUAAUAUUGAUAGAACAUAUUGUGAAUGAAAUAAAAAUAAAAAUUAUUCAAUUGUCGUGUUAGACAUUCAUUAUUUAAAAAUGGGUAUGUAUUCGUUAGCUGUAUAUAUUUAUACACUAAAACUAUGCGAUAAUAAAAAUAAAAUAGUAAAAUUGGUAGUACGAGUAACACCAUUCGUCAUCUAAAACCGUCAGCUAUAAUAAUAUAUAAGGUGUCCCCAAUAUUAAUUGACAAUUAAUGUCCAAACGAUAUUUUUUUUGGUCCUUGUUUACGUAAUACAAAUAUUGUCCGAGUAUUUCUAAGUCACACGGUUAAACACACAAACCUUUGACCUUCGGACAAAAUAUGUAAAAUGUACACAUACAGAUAAAUAACGUUCUAAACGUGUAUUUAUAAAAAAAAAAAAACAAAAUUUUCAAUACAUACAGGGUAAUCCAUUAAUGAUUUUAAAACACAGAUUUGAAUGGAAAAUAAUUUUCUGUACAUUUGGUAUGCAUAAAACAAUUUAUGUAAACAGUUAUAAUUUUACAAUGUUGUAGAUUAAAGUUUAGUUCGGAGGAGUAUAAAAAUAAUUAAUCAUCUGCAAAACAUCAUGCACAUAAAAACUCCUCUCACCUGUUGUCCCAGCGCACAUCCGAGAUGAGACAGUGGGCCAAAGUCUUGUUUAGAACACACCAUAAUCUUUGACAAAAUUUCACACCGGCUUUCAUUCUGAUGCAACCCCAUUUGUCGCCUCUUACGAUAACUAGGUAAAGGUACCGUGGGAGUAUUCUGAUCCCCUCUCAUAGAAAGAACAUUCCAAUGCUAUUCAACUUUUUUUUUAUAUAUAUUUUGUAAAAUUAAUUUUUAUUGAAUAUUUUUAGGCUUAUAGCUAUAAUAAAACUUUUAGAUUAUAUUUUCUACAAUUUUUAUGAAUGCGAUGAAUAUAUGAAUUUGAUGUUAACUAUUUAUAUCACACUAAAAUAUUCUAACUAUUCGUUAUUAUUCAAAUAUCAAAUUAUAAUAUAAACACCUGUAAGAGAGGCUAUCAUUUAUAAAAUCUACACGAAAAGAAAUAUUAACCGUUUCAAAAAUAUAAUAUAACCGACUAAAUAAAAUUAUAACGAAGAUAUUUAUUCAGUAUCUCCGAAAAUCAUCUCUACCUUAGGGUUAGAAUAAAUAAAAGUAAAAUUUUUAAAAUUAAUAAAAUAUUUUUAAUUGAAAAUUUCGAGUAUAAUAUGCCGAUAUUCCAAAGAAAAUAACCCUAAAUAAACACUAAUAAUUCUCGAUACAUUUAAUUUGUAAACUCGAGAAAUAAAAAUAAUCCAAAAAAGUGAAAAUAUAACGUAUAAAAAAAAAUGAAUUCUAAUAAAAGUUUGUAAAACUAUUUGAAUAAUAUUAUAUUUUACACAGUAACAAGUUUAAAAAUAAUUUAAAUACUGAACGUUAAUAACAAUCAUUUCACAAAAAAAAUUGCACACGGUAUUUAUUAUAAUACAUAAAAAUUUUUUUUGUUCGAGUUAUGUAUAAAAAAAUAUAAUAAUAAAAAACUUAGCGUGUAAUAGAAAAUGUUUUUUUACAAUAGUAUCCGACAAGUUUCAAAGUAAAAUAAUAUUCAAACAUACCCAAGAUAUAUUAAAAUUAAAUAUAAAGUUAUCUACACUGUAAACUGAAACUUAAGUUUAUCAAAAGCACUCUUAUAAAAUGAAUAAUUAAUAUCUUGAAUAAUAUCCGAUAUUUACAUUACAAAUACUAAAUAUCCAUAGAAUUUAAUAUAAAAUUAUUUAUUCUGUAUUUAUAGAUACUUUUUUACUAAUGUUAGAUAAUGAACACAACAAGGAAUAUAUUGGUUCUAAUAUAUUAUACUAGAACCAAAAAUUGAGUGUUUUUAGAUUCUGAAUAUAGUGAGGAAUGUAUUGGUUUAAACAAUGAUGUGAGCUUAUUUGUUUACAUUCAUUAAAAAGCCAGUCUAUUAAUUUAACUGUAUUUGUGAUUUUCUUCUUUUUUUUUCAUAGGUCAUUAAUUUAUGUAUAAUCUAUAAUAAAAUUUGCAACAAGUUAUUGGCCGGACAUCACUAAAUUGUAUUGCACGAAUUUAUUUUAUAUACGAUAUUUUAUCUAUAUAAAUAUCUAGACGCUAAUAAGUAAUUUUUAAUGAUUAGGAAUAUAAAUAAUUAAAACAUAUCGUUAAAAUUUGUAUAGGUUCACAUAAUAUCAUGAAAAUAUUCGCCGGUUAGUGGUUAUUUAUUAAAUAACUACCCCAAAAAAUACUAUUAAAUUUCUUUCCAUUUAUGUCUGGUAUAAAUAUUAUAAAUGGUUUUCAAAGAACAAGAAACCGAAAUUAUAAUAUAUAUUAUACAUUACAUUAUGUUUUAUACAUACCACGAAAUUUAAAGUAAACGAAACAUUUCAGUGUAUUAUAUACGUUCGUAGAUAAUAUUUUAUUUAUAUUUCUAUGCAAACAAAUAUUAUUUAAAUUAAAAUGUAAAUAUCGAAUCCUUAAGACAUAUGUUAAAAUAAAUAAAUAUGAAGAAAAACAAAACUUAGCAAAGUAUGAUAUUUGGUUAUAAUUAUUAAUGAAUGGUUUAAAUUUUAAAAAACGGACAUACUUCGCACGUAGGAAGGCCACUGUUGUAGAUGAAAAGUCAGGAAGGUAGUAGAGGGGAAAUUUAAUAUAUAUCUGUAAGUAACGAUAAACCAUUACUAACGAAAAGAAAAUUCUGAGCGGAGUUCAGAAAAUAUUGUUCCUUUGUCAACAAUAUGUGUGUCAUAUUAUAAUAAAAUAAUAACAUAGGCAUUAUAUAUUUUCUUUAAUAAUAAUAGUUUAAUAUUGUACCUAUUUUCACGUUUUUCUUACGUUUUUCCCAUUAAUUUGGAAAACUCUUGGGAAAAUCGAAAUAUUACCUCCCUGAAGUAACUCCCCACUUCCCCAGGCAAAUUCUUUUUUAAUAAAAAUGUUAUACAUUACACUUGAGAACAAGAUUUCUGGUAGAGUUUUAGUAAAUAGCAUAAAAAAAUAAAAAAAUAAACAUCUUUGUAAAACCAAUACAUUUUUCACUACACUCAGAAUCUAAAAUACGAGUAGUACUACGAAUUGUAUAAUAUAAUAAUUAGGCUUAUUUUACCCGAGUAUUUUUAAACUAAAUUAGCACCACUGCGUAUAUCGGUUAGUAGGUAAGUGUAUACUCUAUAGACUAUAACACUGCCGACGAAAAAAUUCUGAUCAAAAUUAGUAAUGUUUAGAUGAACUUAAAUUAAAAAUUAUAUUAAUACAUAUAUUAGACCUUUCUAAUCAUUGUUCAAUUUUCGAAAAUAUUUGGCCAUUAUUAAGAUAUUUAAAAUUGUUUAGUUUUGUAUAGUUUUUCUUUGAUUCUACCUCGGUAAGAAUACGCAACAAUUCGAAACAAAGUUCAAGUAUUAAUUUGUUUAAAAAAAAAAAAUUCAAUGUAAUGAAGUAAUUUUUUUUAUUGACGUGUUUAUCUGAACUUUGGCCAGAAUCGUCUUUCAUAAGUAAUGAUUGAUCACUGAGUACAGAUGAAAUUAAAUUUAAAUUUAACUAACCAUACAUAAAAUAUAAUAUAAUACUCUCAACAUCUCACCGACAACAAUCGUACAUCAGAAGUACUGUAUUUUUUUUUCUCCUAGAAAAACGGCUUAAAAAUCAAAAUACGACGUUCAAGUACCAUCCGUGUUCAAUUUCCCAACAAAUUAACAAAUUGUAAAACAAAACGUUCACUUGUCGUAAACAAAAAUAUUAACAUCAAAAUCAAAAUUAAUAAAUAAUACAUAAUUAUUUUAAACAAAAUAUUAUGAUCAGAAAUUAAGAACACGAUUUUUGAAGUUAAAGAUAAAAAGAAAAACCAUAUAAUUUAGGUAAAGUUAUAAAUUACUUAAUACAAGAAACUAAAUACAAAACUUUAUUAAAUAUUGAUCGUAAAUGGAAGAAAACAAUAGAAUCAAAUAUUAGUGCUCAUCAAUUAUGAACGUGAAACAAAAACUUACUAUUAAAAAAGUUCAGACGUACAUACGGUAUACAUAUACUCGGUAAGUUUUCGCCGUUUGUAUCACAUACGGUAUAGUAGACGCGAUUUGUGGUCCAAAGGGAGCUAAGCUCUUUCUGGCAUGUACUAAACCUCCUUUGAGUAAAAAGAGCUCAAAUACGUUUUAUUUUAUGUAUAAUCAAAAUACAACAUUCACCUGUCUCCAUUUAAAAAAUAAUAGUUAAAGUUUAUUAAAAAUAAAUGUCAAUUGAUAAUUGAUCGAUGAUAAAAUAAAAAUACUUUUCAAAAAAUUGUAUUUAUAUUAAUUUUAAAUUGUAUGUUUACUGUAACUGUAAUCUAUUUAUAAUCUAAUCAAAUAAUGUAUUAGUUGAUCCACCUUGGUUGGUACUUUACUUAACGAAUUUGUCAAAACGCAUCGUAAAAUUAAGUAAAAAAUGUAACAUUGUAAGGUGUUUAAUCAUUAAUUAUAUGAACGUUAUAAAUAUAAAUGUGUUUUUUUGUUUCUUUUUAGAGAAGUUAAGCGGCUUAACUCAUGAGUGCCGGGUUUCAAUAAUUUAGUGAGUGAUAAAUUUAUUACUAUAUUUUUUUGUUUUUUAAGAUGAAAUAAUUCAUUAAAAGUUGGCACCGUAGUCCCCCUGAAUUUGGUGACAACGGUUAAGUUCCUCUCAGGGAAAAACACAAAUUGCACUCACAGAUAACACAUACUUAUAGAUUUUAUUAUCGUAUAAAAAGUAUAAACAAAAACUAUCUAAAACAGUUAACAUUGUUCAAAAUUAAAAUUAUCGAUAGUUUAUAUCAAUAGUUAAUCGCUCAUAAAUAUCCUAGCUAUAAUAAAAACUUAAAUAUUAAUAUGAAAGAUUUAGUAACUUUGCAGAUAUAAUAAAAACAAAAUAUAGAGAAAGUUUAAAUCUACAUUUACGCACAAAUUAUGACUCCAUCACUCUCCCCGUAAACAAAUUUAAAUGUAUAAUAUCUCUUCAAUAGGUUGACAAAAAUCAAAGAUUUCAUUUAUUUAUCUAAUAUUCCAACUAUUUAUGGAAUUUAUUAACAUAAGUGACCAUUUGAAAAUCAAACAAAGGUAGUUUUCGUUUCACAAAAAAAAGAACAAUAACAAAAAUAAUGAAAAUGUAAAAUUGUAAAACUGUCUGUUUCAUAAAUGAUAAAAAUAAAAUGUUUGAAUAAAUAUAAUACUGCGAUAGGUGUACCUACAAUAACUGUCAAUUAUUGAUCGCAUUGCAUGAAGUCGAACGGCGCAUAAUACAGGCAAUUUUGAUACGCUCAUGAGUAGGAUAAUUAUAUAAUGUAUUAUUUUAUUAUAUUUUGGUUCAAUAAAACAAAUAUUUUGUAUAAAAUAUAAUUAUAAUUUUUACAAACACAAGCAAUACUUAACUAGAAUAAAAUAAUAACAAUAAACCAACGCUUGCAGAAAUGGUGUCUUUGAAAAAAAAGGCCAUACAAGAUUUUUCAAUUUCACCAAAAUUAUCGCAAUAAAUAAACGAAAUCAAUUAAAAAUCAUUAGUAAAUAACAUACAUCAAUUUACCCGGUCUAAAAUUUGUUUUUGUCCGAAAAAUAUUUAGUUUUUCAUUUAUUUAUUUAUUUUUUCAUAGAUUACCAUUAUAAUCAUAAUAAAUAUUAUAUUAUUAUUAUUACGAAUAAUAUAGAUUCAUAAGAACAAAUUGGGGGCUAAGGGACUCAGCCCCAUAAAAGAUUUCUUUGGUACCCCAAAAGAUGGACAAAUUUGUAUACCGAAUAAACUUUUACAAGUAGGAUUAGUCAACCGGCACUGUUAGUAAAAUUACUUGUUAACGUUCAUCCUUUACAGUAUGGAGAAUAAAGAUAUGGCUUAAUACAUAUAUGCAUCAAGCUAAAUUUCCAAAUGUUUUAUUAAUCCAUACAGAGAAGGAUGCAUCCAAUUAUAUCAAACAAUUAUAUUAGGUUCUCUUUUUAAAAAUAAAAAUGCAUAUUAAAACAUUUAAACUUUGAAUUAUUUAAAUAAUGUUCAAAAAAAUAAACGUACAUUAGAAUGUAAUAAUUGUAUUGUUUUAAUUGUUUAAAAAAUAUAAUAAUGUCAUUUAUUUUAUAUCCGGACAGUUCUGAGAGGCUGAAAAAUAAUCCUAAUGUAUCAAUAGAAUAUCAUUUGAAGAUCCAGUGAGAUUUUUAAAAAAUAGUCUGAAUAAGAUAUAGGAUUGAAUCUCCCAACGGGUCUAUUUGGCAUUAACUUUUACAGUCUCUCCUCAAGUAAAAUAUUGGAAUUUCGCCUGUCGAAAGAUGCCAAUAGUGGACUAGUUUUGAGUCUUUUUUUUUUUUUUGUUAAUGAUAAUUUCAUGUAUUAUACACAUUCCUGUUUAUACGUAAUAAAAUGUAUACCACAAAAUGAAAGUUUCAAAUACACAAUUUAUUUUUAAAUGCCAACGGACUCCACAACGAAAAACAAAACAUACCAAUAAGAUAUCCAAAGCGAAGCAACCGUCAUCCAAGUAAACUUAAAUGAUGUGUUUUUAUCUUUAAUACAACUUAACUUAGUUUAACUUUAUUAAUAAUGUUGUCAUACCCUAUUAUUUUUUGUUAGUUUAAGUUUUAUUUGUAAUCAUAAUCUUUGAGCUAAAAACCCAUACUUUAAAUAAAUAAAUAAAUAAAUAUUUAAUUAAGAAAUCAUUAAGCAUUUUAAAAUAUGAUAUUGAUUUUUAUUUGCUAUACCUAUAAAUCGGUUUUGUAAAGCUGUAAAAAUAAACUCAGAAAACUCUGGAUCACAUCGCUCAGCUGUUCCAAUUAAUUAAACGCACUAAGUACAUUUUUUAAAAACGUUAAACCCUGACAAAACUUUACAUAGUACCUAAUUAAAUAAACAAAUUUUAAAAUCGAACAAUUAUUUUAUAUAAAAAAAACCCACGACAAUCUUUAAUGAUGAAUAUUAAAAUGAAACGCGGGCUUACGAUAAACCUAGUAAGAAUUAUUAUUGUUUUAAUCAAAUUGUAUAUUAUAAUAUCGGAAUAAUAGCUGCGGACUUAAUCUAAUCUAAACUAAGCAAUAACAAAAAAAAAAAAAACAGUAUUGGAAUGCCAACACACGCGCAUAAUAUUAUUAUGAUAAUAAAACUAACGAAUUACAGAUUUCACGGCAUUGUAAAAACGUCGAGCGAUAAAAUUUUAUGUUUUUAUACCCUUUCCUCGCAGCCGAUGCCAAUCUACGCAGACCCGGGUUUUCCCAGCUAUAUCAAAGUCCGUAUAAAAUCUUCGUCAUCAGAGAGAGAAAGAGAGAGUCAAAACAGACAGUUCGUAUUCGAGAUCACACAUAUAUAUGUAUAUAAAUUCAAAAGUCUUGCACAACACAACUAUAAUAAACACUACUUCGUGAUAAAGCCGUACGUUUUGAAUUUGGUCGUUUAGAGUUCAUGGCCGUCGAUUAUCCGUACUUUCAACUCUCGAAUAUAGAAGAAUAUUGAAGUCGGAAAUUGAUGAAGGGGGGGGGCGUAAUACUGUUAUUAUUGCUUGUGGUCGGCGGUGGAUAGUUAAAAUCACGACCGUGUUUGAAUAAUAUGAUUUUAUACUAUUAUUGUACACAAGUUUAAAAUUGUUGAUACGACACUUUUUUUUCUUUUUCGAUUACAUUUAUCGUGGUGACUCACUCGUAGUAAUAUAACCCAGUAAAAUUUUUAAUUUUUAACUAUUCCGAAUUCGUUUAAGUAAAAAAUGAAUUUCCAUUUGCCUACACGUACAAAUAUAAUAUAUAGGUAACGCAGAUACUUAAUUUCUCACGAUCGUAUAUCGUACAUUGUACACGAGUCGUAAUCGUAUAGCAAAACAGUACAAGAACAGUUUUCAAGCUCUUAAGUAUAUAAAUUUAAAGUUUAAUGUUCAAUCAAGACAUGUAUUCUUUUUCUCUCUUUCUCUUUGUUUUCUCGUUUUCGAUUACUCUGCAGCAGAGUUCACCCGGUUUUGUCCUGAUUCUUCAACUCUUCGUAAAUUUUUAAUAGCUACACCAAUUUCUCAAAGCCAUAAUUUCUCUUACGCGUACGUAUAUAUGCAUUAUGUCUUUAUUAUUUAUUAUUUAUUAAUGCUAUUUCUUUGGUUUUCUAAAAGUAUCUUACUGCGCAGUUAUACUAUUUAAUACUAUCCUGCCAUUGAACAUAUUAUGAUUAAACAAGUUCAAGUGUUUUUCUUUGUGUCUAUAAUUUAAAAUUUUGCUCUCUGACAUUUUGGUUGAAUGAGGAUUUUUUUUUCUGGUUAAGUCUUCAUCGACUUUCAUUUUUUUCAAUUUAUCGAAAUUUUCUGAAUCGCAUAAAAGCAAAACGUACAUUGUUAGAGAACCUUAUGGAAAUCCUGUUCACCGAUUGGCUCUAAACCCAACGUGAUACAAAUUUCAUUAAUAAAACGUGUUUAGUAUUUUUAUUAUACUAAUAGCUUAUUUUUAUUAUUUAUUUUUUUUUUUAGAAUACUAAGACUUGGAUUUUUAAUUUAUUUCUUUAAUAUUUUUUUAUUUAAGUACCUUUACGGUAACUAUUUUGAUUUUUUGAAAACUGAUCAGUAACAAUAAAUUCUAUUAUUUAUUGAUGCGAAUAACGAUUGAUUCUAUUAUACAUUUUUUUUUUUUUUUUGACAAUGAAAACAAAGUAUUGUGGUUUAUAUACACAAAAGAUAGAUUGUGAGGGCAAAAAAAUAUUAUGUUUGAAUGGCAUAUGUAUCUCAAAUUUUGUAAUUUAUUUAUUUUUAUCUAAUGAGUAUUCUUCAUGUUUAAAUUUGUUAAGUAGCAUAUGACAUAAUGUAUUUAAUUAUGAAACAAUAUUUUAUCCUGAAAUUAUAAUUUGAUAUUAAAUUUAAUAUGUAGGUACCUAACCUAACUACCUAAAAUAAUUAUUUCUUCCAUACAUAUUAUAUUUGGUCUAAUAUGAAUGUUAUUUUAAUAAUAUCUGUAUGAACGGUAUUUUAAUAAAACAAAAAACUUUUUAGUUUUUACAAACUGAACAUAUAAAAAUCAUAACUGAUAAUGAAAUUAUUAUCUUGUUGAGACCAGAACUAAUCGGAAAAUAUGAUUUCCAUAAGGGUUUUUAAAAAUGUAAGUUUUGCUUAUAUGCUUCCAGAUCUUUUAAAACUCUAAACUGAUAGCCGAUCAUACCGUUAAAAUCUAAAACAGAAAACGUUUGUACAAUAUUGGUCUGUUUUAAUAAUGACUGUGAAUAAUAAAUAAUUUAAAACUGAACCUCAAAGAAAUGUUUGCAAUUGUUUUCAUUUAUAAUUCAGUCAUGUACAGAGCUGCUUAACAAUGUUGCAUAACAAACAUAGUUAUUGAACAAACAAAAAGUAGGAUAUACAAGAUAGUUCAGUUCAUAUAGUAUGAAUUGUACGCAAAGAUGAUACAUUAUGGAAAAUGAAAAACGAGUGAGAGCGGAGUAAUAUAAGUAGUGUUUUCCCUUGUCACCAAGAGAAUCCACCGGAAAUAAACAAUAAAAAAAAAUGGACUAAAGGACUUAACUGAUAAAAAUGUCAAUGUUUCAGAUAAAGUAUUACUGGGUAUAAUUACCGUAAAUACCGUAUUUAUUUUAGAGAUAAAUAUUGCAUAAAAAAUUUGAUUAUUUGUCUGAGUAAAACACGAUUCCGCACGUUUAUUGUUCGAUAUUACGUUUUUCUCGACCUUUUUUUCUACCCAACUCUGUAUUGUAUUCUAACGCGACGUUGCCAUAUCAAGAAUACGAAAACUGUUAAAUACCACGCGUGGAUACAGUUCAAUAAUAAGUUUUAUUAAUUUCGAGCAUUAUUCUAUACUUUAUAUUUUUACGGUGUUAAAAUGUAUAAGUUAAUAUCUAGGAAUGAAGAAUCAAUUAGAGAUCAUGAAAUCUGAGAAGGGCAACGUAUACAAAGCGUUAUACAUUUUAAUAGUUACAAAAUACAUCAAAAUAGUAUAAAAUAUCUAACUUCUAUUGGAUUUAUAUACAAGUACUAAGAGAAAAACUAUAUUAAAUUGUACAUUAUUUUACAUUAUAUUUAUUUUUUGUAAUGACGGCUCACUAAUCACUAGUUUCUGGUUACUAGUCACUACUCACUAGUUCAAUAUGAGACAACUAUUUUUAUAUUACAUCAUUUUUUCGUAAUAAACGUAAAACCACACUGUUUAUGAUAAAUUUGACAACGUUGCACCUAAUUCCUAUUUUAUUUCAAUGAAUAAUAAGGCGUGCGGAAUUGUGUUUAAAAAAAAAACAUGUGGAAUCCUAUUCCUCCCAUUUGCCUACAUAAAAAAAAUAUAUAUAUUUCCUAGAUAAAGUAAAGAAUUUCAAAACAAUGUUCAAAUAAAUCACUAAUAGACAAAAAAAAUCAGCUACUUUUAGGAUAUGAUAACAAAUAUACAGAAAAAAAUCGGAUAACUAAAAAAGUGCUUACUGAAAAAAAAUACACACACACAUAAACAUCUUAGUAUAUCAAAUAGCUUCUUGGAUGCACUCAGAAUCUAAAACAAUAAAACUAACUAAUAAAAUUGAAUUUACAAAAAUGAAAAAGUCGGACAUACAUUGCAUGUGGUUACAGCCACUGUUGUUAGUGAGAAAUUGGGAAGGUAGGAUACAGAAGGGAAUUUAAUGUAUAUCUGUAAGCAACAAUAAAUCAUUAUUUAUGAAAAAACGAUUGUGAGCGGAGUAGUUUAAUAUUGUUAUUUGUCAACAAUAUAUGCCAUAUUAUAGUAAAAUAUUUAAUAAUUAAAUAAGCAUUAAAUAUUUUCUUUAAUCAUAUUUGUUUAAUAUUGAUCUGAUUUUCAUAUGUUUUUCUCGGUUUUUCACAUUUGCUGGGAAAACUUUUGAGAAAAUCGAAUAAUGAACUCCCUAAAGUGCAACCUCAAAGAAAAUUCCUUUCGAAAAACGGUCUACAUCAUCUACAUCAGAGUAAGCUUUCUAGUAGAAUUUUUGUUCACAGUAUAAAAAAGUAAAAAAAAUUAAAAAAUUAACAUCUUUGUAAAACCUAUACAUUCUUCGCUACUCUCAGAAUUUAAAAUCAAUGAGCUAUCAUUAUUUAUAAUAUCAUCAGUAAAUUAUUAUAAUCAUUUUUUGGUGCAACAAGAUAUAUUUACGUAGGUUGUAAUAAUAAUUAAUAUUGUAAAUAUUAAAAUAUCUAAAAUCUAACAUUAUAAGUGAUUUUUCUUAUUGAACACUUAGGUAUUCACUUAAGCAUGAAUAAUUAAUAUCUUAAAUAUUAAUUAUAAGAUGAAACAUUCCUUACAAAUAUAAUACGAAUUAAUUGCAAAACAAAAUACGAAUAAUGAGAAGGGGGUUAAACAUCAUGAACCCCUCCUCCGUAAAUACACCCAUGAUGAGGAAAUUAAAUAUUGUCUCUAUCUAAUUAAAAUAUAUUGUUUAAUACAAUGUUAAAAUAAUAUGAUAAAAUUUAUUUGACGGUACACGAGAAUAAGUUGUGCAUGGGUUGUUUGUUACGUGACGUAAUAACAAAUAUUACCAUCUAUUAUAUUAAUAUUAUAAUUAGUAAUGAGGACUAUCGAAUAGUACUCGAUAGUUUGAAUAAAUUAUAAUAUUGUACGUCCUUGAACGUAUAUACGUUUUACUCAAGCAUUAAAAAAGAAGGCCAUAAUAUUUUUAGCUAAUACCUAUAUUUCUUAUAUUUUCCCGCUUUUUUUCCAUUUUUUUUUUUUCGGUUUUUCACAUUUUUUGAGAAAACUCUUGAAAAAAUUUAAAAAUUAUCUCUUUAAAGUACCUCCACAGUAAAAUUUCCUUUUAGAAAAAUUGCCAACAUUAUAAGUUGAAACAAAAUUUCUGAUAAAAAAUCUGUUCACAAAAAAAAAAUUCGUAAUAUUUUUUGUAAAUUUUCAGAUUUUUUUUUGGUUUUUCACACUUGAUGAGAAAACUCUUAAGAAAAUCGAAAAAUGACCUUCUUGAAGUACCUCUUUACACCGAUUUACACUUUCGGAAUAGGUACUAUACUUAAAAAUUGGAUCAAGAUCUCUGGUAGAAAAGUUGUCCACAGAAAAAAUAAUAACCAUCUUUAUAAAACCAUAAUCUUCUUCUCUACACUCGGAAUCUAAAAUAUAACAUUAUAAGUGAUUUUUUCUUACUGGACACUUAAGUAUUCACUUAGCACAAAACAACAAAGUGUGUAGUAUUUAUUACUUUAAAUUUGAAUUUUACAAUUAUAUAUUUAAUCGAAAAAGUUUUUUUUAACGAGAAAUAAAAAAUUACACGUAGUAAGAUUUUUUAUCAAUUAUCUUCCUACAAUAUUUUUUUGUGUUAAUAUUCAUAUAAAUACACAUUCAACUAUAGUAUAUAAUGAUAUAAUGAUAUUAUGAUAAGUGCAAAAAAUAUUUACAAAAAAAAAUCUUGUUUAACAAACGUAAAAAAAUGACAAAAAUAGAAUGAUAUAAAAUACAUGAUGUUUUCUUAUCAUGUAUUACUGUAAUUUUUAAUUACAAUAAAAAUAUAUACGAUUUAUUUUAACACUAUUUUUAACAGUCUUCUCGUAAUUUCCAUAGGUAAUCCGCGAUAACACAAACCGCUCUAUUUAAUAAAUAAUAUAGGUUAUUAAUGGCAUUGAUGGCUCACUGAUCGUUUUAAAUCAUAAAUGAUAGACAACAAUGGUAAUGGGAACAUAUUGAUCCGGGCUUAUUUAAAUGCGUUUUAGAGACAUUUUGAUCCGGAGGAGACAAUUUGAUCCGUUUUGGGGUCUAUUGAUCCAGCUUGUAAAAAAAAUUAAAUUUCCUAAAUGAAUAAUAAAAUUUAAACUAAGUUAAAUUGUAUCCUGGUUCAUUUUAAUUCGAUUUUCAUGGGGAUAUUUUCAUGACACGUUUUCAUUAGCUUCAUUCUUAAUGAAGAAAAUAAUAAGGUCGAGGCAAGAAGAUAGGUAUUUUGAUAUAUUCUAACCUGUUUAUACCUAACAGACUUUUUCAAUAAUCGGUCGAAUAGUAAUAUUUUUCCUUAUUACCCGUUUGCUUGAUAAAAAUCAAAUUUUAUAAUAAAACCAAGAACACCAACGAAAUAUUAGUCCAACCAAUUACCAAUUACUUUUAUAGGGCUGAAAAUGAUAACAUUUAAUACAUAGUCAAUAUAGAUAACGUAUUAUUUCAUUUUAAUUGUUAUCCUUUUUUAACCAGAAACUUUCAUUUCUCUCUGCUUGUUCAAUUUGAAGCAAAAAGUGAAAGUUAUUCGGUAUAUAGAAUAUAGAUACUACGGUAUAGUGGCUUGUCUAUUCGUAAACAUGAUGGAAAAUUUAGUAUCAGAAAAAAACAAGUAACCGAAUCAAUUUAACUAUAAAAACACAAAAACCUUUCUGCUAAAGACGUAUAUAUGCAACCAACACUUUGGUUGGCUCCGUGAGUUUCCGAUAUAGGCAGUUUUCACCAUAAUACUGUUCUUUAGAAGAGGAACUUAAAGGGUCAUCAACAUUAUAAUAUCGUGUAUUUCGUUCAUUUAUAUUAAGUAGAAAAUUAUUAUAUUUUUUUUUUCAAAACCACUUAUAUAAAUUAAAACUGUCUAACAAUAUAAUAUAACCAUAAAUACUCGUACUCUAAUAUUACUCGUAUAAUAUGCGCGUUAUAAUUUAUGCGGAAUAAUAUUCAGUACAAAAAUACGGCAGUUAUAUUAUUUUAUUAUUAAUAAAACAUAUUGUACAAACAUUCUAUUUUACCUUUACUUAACAAAAACAAAAUUUCAUUAGUGUAUAGCGUAAUAUUAAAAAAAAGCCAAAAAAAUAAAACCUAUAUGUAUAACAUCGUUAUAUUCAUAGUGAUAUUAAAUAAAAACAUAUAAUAUAAUAUUAUUCCAUAUUAGACAAAUAACUCGGUGGAAUAUAUAAUAAUAAAAAAAAUAUAUUGUUUUUAAUAUAUAAACAAAUAAAAUCGAAAGACAGGAAAAUAAUUAAGAAUCACAAAAAUCACUACUAUUUCUCCUCCAUCGUAUACUUGCACCUAAACAUUCAUUGUGAGUGAUAUUUACUUAUAUGCGAUUUUUAUAGUAUUUAAAAUACUAAACAAAACAAAAAAAUAGUCAAUAAAAAAUUAACCCUUAGAAUCGAUUAUUGAAGAAUCAACAGGCUAAAAUAAUAUACAAGAAGACGGGAUAUACCUAAUAUACCUGAUAAAAGGUGUAAUUAGGUAUGUUUUUAAAUAUUUCAACAAUUGCCUAACCUUUGUUUCGUUCGAAAAAUGAUUUUAAGCCGAGCGCAUUCGUUCGAUAUUUUUUGGUCAGUUUUUCAUAAACUCGGGGAAACUCACAAUCCUAUUUAUAAAGUUACCGGAGAAACUUUCGAACGUUUUAACUGUCACAAAAAAAAAAAAUAAGAAUAUUUUACAAGAAUGAAUAAUGCGUACGUUACAAUCGUUCUGUUUGGAAUUUAAUGUGUACAUCCAUUACGUAUUCAAGUAAAAUUUAAAUAAGACUAUUUAAAUCUUGAUUUUUAAACUUUGAGAGCAGCGAGAAAUGUAUUGGAUUUAUUAUGAUGUAUCAUCAAAAAUAUUGCUCCAAAUUUAAGCGUUUUUUCUGAAAGAAAAUGUUUUCUAGUUAGCGCAAGAUUAACUCUAUCAGGAAGUUUUUUUUUUUUCAUUCCGAUAUUUAGUACGUAAUUAGUAUAUAUUUGUAUAAUUAAUCUCGGAAUUUUUAGAAGGAUUUUAAUUUGUAUCUGUAAAUAACAAUAAAUCAGUGUUAACGAAAAACGAUUCUGAGUGAAGCUUUCUCAAUUAUUUAAAACAAAUUACACCGAAACACAUACUAAUUUAUGAAUUGAAUAAUAGUGAAACAACAGUGCCACUUAAAUUAUCUCCUCUACACCAUCACCUCACCCACUAUUACAACUUUAUCGCACUCUGUCGCGCCGCUUGAAUAUAAUUAAUGGCGUAAUUCAGUGAAAAUUUCAAACCUCAACGAUCAUUAAUAACUAAACUAAGAUAAGGUAAGAUGUUAGAAAGGUAAUAAUAAAUACAUUGUUUUAAUUUAUAUCAGUAAGUAACGAUAAACUCUUUUUAGUCAAUAAAAACAAACAAUUUUGAAAAUUUGCCAGAUUAUUUUGAAAAUUUUACUACGUUUAGAAAAAGCUUAUUUCGGUAUUCUAUAAAAAUUUCAGGUUUUCACGAUUUUUAUUAGAAUUACAAAAUAAAUGAUACAGUAAUUUCUGUAAACUACCCUUUUUUUCUACUUCUUUUUUCGAUUUUGCCAAAUUAUUAACAAAACUACAAGUAAACCAAAACAUACCUUUCAUUACCAACUAAACAAAUUUUUUUUUUUAAAAAAAAAAUGCUACACUAAAAUUUUGGAAAAACUAAGUAAAAAAAAAAAAAAUUAAAACUAAUGAAAUCGUUAACGCUAUGUGUAUUUUUCUUUUCUUUAAAGAAAAUCCGAGGGAAUACUGGGUGUCAUAAAAAUGGAUACUAAACUCAAACAAUCCAGAAGACGACCCAGAUAACAAUAUUUUUAUAGAGUAAAAGAAAACCUUAGAACGAUGUAAAUGGAGCAAUUGGAGGAAUUGUAUUGUUAUAAUGAUUAACCUUUAAAAUCUUUAAUACGAGUAUGUCCAGAAGAAAAAUAAUUAUAUAGAUAACUAAUAACAACGUAGAUAUCCCGCAGAUAAAUACACAAUAAAUUUUCUUUUUAUAAGGAGGUCUACAAUUAAUUAUUUAAUUUAGAUCGUAAUUGCAUUCGGACUACGGAUCGGAUAUGUAUAAUCACGGGGCCGUAUUUGACGGAGGAUUUUAAGGGCACUUGCCCCGGGCAGUAGACUUUUGGGAGGAAUCCAAAUACCGGAAUACUAUAUGAAAAAUAUAAAACUCUUUGACCCUUGGCUUACAAAAUGUAUAGAAAAAAAAUAUAAACUUCAAAAAAUAAAUGCCGGUUUGUAUUUAUAUUAUAAUUUGAGCUACAAAUUAAUACGUCAAGAUUUCACGAGACAACAUAUGACAAUGAGUAGCGAAUAUAAAAUAAUUUAUUUUAUACGUAUACACGUUUCAGUGGUUAUAUGAUUUAUUUUUAGACAGGUGGUAGUCUUCUACGUACAACCGUACCAUAUCAUAAUAGUACAGACCGUUUUGUUAUUUAGUUUUCAAGUCAUUAUUUUCAUUAUAAUUCAAUAUAAUUCAGUACAAUUUAUAAACAUUAAGGGUAUUGGAAGCAACGAAAAAUAAUAUUAAAAAAAUAUUUAUUAAUAAAAAAUUAUGAUUUUAGAUUCCGAGUGUAGCGAGGGAGCUAUUGGUUUUACUAAGAUGUUUUUUUUUUUAUUUCUUUCUUUGUACUAGCAAAUUUGCUAACAUAUUUGCUCAAUUUGUCUAGAUGGUACUUUAAAGAAGUCAAUUUUUGAUUUUCGAUGACAAUUUUAAAUAAUUUCACGAUUUCAUUGUUUUACAAAAACACGGACAACGUAUUCUACCAGAAAAAAAAUGGUUUAAUCGAAAAAUCACAAGACACCUUUUUGAUUUACUUUAUUACAGUAUUAUCGCCAAAACUUUUGAGCAACUAUUGAGCUUUAAAGAAAUUUUAAUUUUUGGGAGAUUUUUGCUGAAAUUCCGUUAUAAAUACACGUAGAGACUUGAUAAUAAUAUUUAUAUUGGAUUUACCUAUAUGUGGUCAAAUUUCCAAAAUCAUCGGACGAUUUUUUUUUUUUUUAAUAAGCGUUUUGAAAUCAAAUUUAAACGAAAAUCCCCCAAAAAAAAUUUCGGCACUUCAAAUUAUGUAUUACCGAACUGCGCUCGAAAUCGUCUUUCGUCAAGCAAUGAUUUAUCGUUGCUUACAGUUAUAAAUGAAAUAAUCUUAUGAAUCCUACCUUCCCAACUUUUUUUUUUCUGAAGGCAAAUCUUCUAUUAGAAAUUUUAUUCAGAUUUACAAUGAUAGUACUUUUUCUAAAAGAAAAUCUGAUUGUCAAGGUACUUUAAAGAGAUCACUUUUCGGUUGUCUCAAGAGUUUUUCCAGCAAAUAUGAAUAACCGGGAAAACAUAAGAAAAGCGUAAAACUCUGUACAAUAUUAAACAAAUAUUAUUUAUUAUUAAAGAAAAUAUAUAAUGCCUAUUUAAUUAUUUUUCCAUAAUAUGACAUAUACAUUAUUGACGAAGCAUCACUAUCGAUUGAAAUCCGCUCAGAAUCGUUUUUAGUAAGCAAUGGUUUAACGUUUCUUCGUUUUCUCUCUAUAUCCUACCUUCCCAACUUCUCAUCAAAUACAGUGACUGCACCCAUCGUGCGAAGUAUGGCCGCCUUUUUUGUUUUGAAAUUAUUAAUGGUACAGUGUAAAGAUUUAAUUUCAUAAUUGUAAUAAAUAAAAUGUUAUGAGAUUAAUAUACUUAUUUUUAAUUUUAAAAUUAUGAAGGUUUAAUAAAUUAUUAUAAUAUUGCUAUGUUUAAAUGAAUUUUGAAAUUUGUGAUACAUGAACAGCAUUAUUUCAAACUUGAAAUAAACACAUUUUAGGUAGAUCGUUAUGACAUGCAAGUUUGCAAAUUUUUAUUUUUUCCUUAAAUACUUAGAUAUUGGGUAUUUUUUAUUUUUUUAUUGUUAAGGACCUCGAAAGAAGAUUUGCCCCAGGCAUCCGAAAGUCUAAAUCCGGCCCCGUGUAUAGAUUGGUAUCUAUAUACUACUGCAGACUAUAGUCGUUUAAAAUUCUCGAGAAAGACCGAAUAUAUAUAUUAAUCAUGCCUUAAUAUAGAUAAAUUCAACUACUAACCGAUUAACUGUACAGUAUAAUAAAUAUUCAAUAACUUAAAUGCAAAAAAAUAGAAAAUCUAGAAAAAUAGUGAGUUAGCUGAAAGACAGAGUGAUUUUUUUUUAUCAUGUACUAGCAAUUGUCUCAGAGGAGUUUAAGCGAAUUUGUUUUCUGUUUUUUCUAAUCAUUAUGGAAUUGUUUAUGCUUUAUUUUAAUAUACCUUAGAUAGGCAAUUUAUUACCCUUCCUUACUUCUCUGGUCUACACUUUAAACUGUUAUAACUCAUAAACAGUAAAUCUGAUAUUAGUGUUAUGCAUAUCAGAAUUUCUAAAAAAAUAUUGUCUAUUUAAAUUAGUAUUCAAAAGGGGGAAAUUCUUAUUCCAAAAUCAAAAGAAUGCACUUCACUGUAAAUUCACUUAAAAUUCUCUGAGAUGAUUGCUAGUUCAUGAUAAAAAAAAUCAUCCUGUGUAUCGGAGUUCAAAUAUUGUGAAAGGCAUUGCAUUGAAGCGACUCAAAAUCGAGCGGGUCACGAAACUUGUAAUUAUAGAUUGUUUUUAAAAGCUGUGUAAUUAAGUACAUAACCCGUAAGAAAAGACACCAAUGCGCCAUCUGAGAUUAAGGUGGGAAUAUAUGUGGAAAAGGUAAAACAUAGAAUGAAUUUGUGAGACUUAACAUUGAAGAUGAAAGCUGGAGGCAAUUUUUAUGCUGGACUAAAAGGCCAGAGCUAGACUAGAAGAAGAAGUAUAAACAAACAAUCAUAAUUUAUUAACUGUAACUUAUAAGUAUAAAGUAUAAUAAUAAUAAUGUAUGGUAUCCCACAAGUAAGUAUUCCGUACUCAAUAUAUUUUCUUUUUUAGUAUUCGUUUAGUCAGCUAUUAAUAAUUUUUAUUUUUAUUUAUUAACUGACAUCUGCAUAACAACCGUACAAUAUAUAUAUAAUAAAAGAAAAAUAAUAAUAAUAACAAUUUAACAUUAUUCGUUAAAAAUAAACGAUUUUCAAGCGAAAUAAACUUUUUACAUACACUAUAUUUUUAUUAUUAUAACAUGGAUCUCGCCGUUGUUUAUUGAUUUAUACUAGUUGGCGUUUGUUUCCAAACUAUUGAGAUUCAAAUUUGUGAUGGAUUAUUGUACCAAAAACAUCACAAAAUUUCAUUAUUAUCAAUUCAAAAGGAAUUCGAUUUCGAGUUUUAUAAACCUUCAGCUGUAAAAUCGGUCACAACAGAUGACAAUAUUGUUAUUAAAAACAGGGUUGGUCACUCUACGACUGGACGUUCGUGUAAAAAAUUAGUUUAUCACGAAUAUAUAAAAUUGUAUUUUUAACUACACGAAUUGUUUAAAAUUAAAACGGCAAGGUCAUCAUUGCUUCUAAUAUAACUGAUCUGUAUAUAUAAACAACUUUUUUAAACUUUUAAUGUUUACAACAAUCGUGCUGUUGUGGAAUUCGAAAACUAACUAAAAAAAAAUAAUAAUAACAAUAAAUAUACCAACCUAAUGAUUUUUUCUAUAGACUUUCUUUUUUUUAUUCGAUGUGAUUGAGUUGCAAAGUUACUGCACAUUGAGCCGGUAAAAUAAAAUAUAGGUCAAUCCAUCGCUAUUAUCUUUUUAUGAUUUUUUUUUUUUUACAAAUGAAUAAACACACGUUUUAAAUUUAAUUUUGACUAUAAUACUGAUUUUUGAUGCGAAAAAUGUUUAAAAAUUUAAAUAUGAAUGUAACACAAUGCUCGUAAAUCAUAAUAUACUAUAUGAUUUCAAAAAUUGAUAACGUAGUAAGUUACGUUUUCGCCAUUCACCCUUAAUGACAAUAAUAGUUAUUAUUAUGCAUUUGAGUUGUAUGCUUACUAAUAUAUACGUUCAUAUACGGUUAUGUUCAUACCUAAAGAGCAAACCGAGCAGGGCCACAAAAAAACACGGGAAAUUGGUAUCCGGAGUAGCUCGAACGGAUGACACAGAAUCGUGUAGUUUUUAAUCAAGACGCAAUUCAUGGUGACAAAGCGAUUUAUUUGUGUUUAUAUGUCAAUUCCCUUAUCGGUAUCUCUAAAUUUAAAUUAAUUUUACUGUGGGUAGGUACUUUCUCUUUAUACCUACCCUGCACCAUGAUCGAAAACCAAAAUAAUUUUCGUUAAAAAUAAGUAGAUAGUGUAACUUUAUUCAUUAUUAUUUUAUACACGUGUCUCGAGUCUUUUGGGACUCAAAGUCCCUGCACAGCAGGCGUUGAAUUUUACUUUUGUCGAAAUAUCAAUUCCUUGGAAAUAUUAUAAAAUACCUACACAUUAUUUUACAUUGAAAAUUUCUACAAAUCCCAUCACCGAAUUUCAUGAUUGUAGAUAUUACUAUAGAAUUAGGUGCAUACAUUUAUUAUCAAUUUGUUUGUCAUUAGAAUUGCAUAUCAUACGAUAAACAAAUAAAUAAUAUAUAUAUAUUACACCACAGUCGAUGUUGGUAUACAUCAGUUUGAUUUUAAAAUUUAAAAUCCAGUACACAAUAUAUUUUAUAUAUUUAUUUUCAUAUUAAUUAAUUAUUUUUAAAAUUGGAUUGAGUAUCGAUAAAUAUUGAAAAUAAAAUUAAAACAUGUGAAAAAUCCACUAAUUUACGAUGUUCAAUUCGUAUAAUCCUAAGCCAGUAGCCGAUGUAAACAUAUUAUUCAUUAAAUUUAUGUCUGUUUUGUCUAUUUUGUACAGUUUUAAGACGGCACGCGGCUGUACAUUCCUUAUUUGGCGUUUAUUUUAUUUUUUAUAAAACUCACAAAAAGUAGAUUGAUAUUAGUUCAAUAGUACAAGGGUAAUUAUUUCAGACAGAGUUGAAUUGUUUCACAAAGAUAUUGAGAAAAAACUCGAAAUUAAAGAAUUCGUUAUUAUUUAUUUUCUCAUCUGAACAAUUAAUUGAUUACAUCCUUAUUGUGGUCCACAUCUGUGACUUACCGAUUAACAAUUCCAAUAAUAAUGACCUACCUAACACAGAAUAUCAAAAAUAUUUAUGAUAUAAUUAUUUAAUACAAAAACACAGAAUACAGUUUUUAAUUUAAAACUUGUUUCAUUCAUAGAAAAUACUUAAAAUGUAAUAUUUUGAGUCAUUUGUUGUUAGAAAACCAGAAAUAUUGUCUAGUAAAAUACCAUACAAAAUACAAUUUUUUUAAAUCUUUUAGCAUUUUUUUAAAAUGUAACAAGAAAUAGGAUCAUUAUUACCAACCGAUAAAAAGUAUACGUUAGGUAUGUAUUCAGAAUUUAAAACAAAAUAUAAUCCGUUGUUGCGAUCGUUUAACGUUUAGUUUUGAAAAAAUACACGUGGUAAAUGUAAAACAAAAUGGAUUUAAUUAUUGGAAUGUUUAGAACAAACAACAUGCUGCUAUAUAGGUAGGUACUUCAAUAUAAAACAGAUACAAUUAAAUGAUAUACCUAUAAAUAAUAUUUUUAAAAGACUCAAUUAUUUUUGUAUUCGUAUAAUAACCUCGUAAUUUAACUUAUACGAAACAACAAUAAACUCUAUUAUAAUUUAUACGAACACCAAACCUUGCAAAGUUUAGGCCACCGUAGAUUUAUUAGUAGUGUGGCGGUUCUAUAUUGAACAAUGAAUGCCAUAGUCGACACUAUUAUACAGUUUUCCCGACGGGACGAUUAAAAACGAAUUCUGUAUUAUAAUAUUCUUAUUCAAACAUCGGGAAACCAACUAAUACAAAAUGUAGUCACACAAACCAUAUAUCUAUUUAUUUAUUUGUUUAUAUUAACACCAUUUGUUUAUAUAUACAAAUAAAAACCUGUACAUAUGUAAAAAUUGUUUUCAGUUUUAUAAUAAGCACAAGAAUGGUAUAAAAGGUCACAAAUACAAUCGAUCUUAAGCCAAUUUGCCACAUUUGCCCCAUAAACGACCAUAGAAAGAAAAAAGAAAGAGCAAAAACAAGAGAUAGAGUAUCAAAUAAAUAAUGUCACAAGAUUGCAAUAAAUCAAUGAACAAAGUACAAUAACUAUAAAAACAAGAAAACUAUAAUAAUGGUUAUGCCAUACUCUUUGUAGACAUAAUUGACCUAUGCAGCUAUAAUCUUGUAGCUCUUAAAGGAAUCAUACUUAGACAAAAAAAAAGUGGUCGAUCUUGUGAACCCACAAGGACCUUUAAGUCUAAAUAUGUAGACAAAAAAAAAGCAGAAAGGCCAAUUCCAGUGGGAAGAUUGAAUUGAAGAAGAAAGAAACCAUUUUAAUUUCAAACUUAGGUACCUACCUAUACGGAUAUUUCUAAAUGAUAAUAUCAACAGUCAUUAUUUUGUAUACAUAAAGGUAAAAUAAUUUGUUUUUACCAUGUUUUUCUUAAAAAAAAAAAAAAAUACUAAAUAUACUAAAAAUUAAAAAAUAAUCCUUCGAAAAUAAAAACAAUGACAGUUAUUAUGAUUAUCAAAAUUUAAUUUCAACUUUUUAGUUAUAAUCUAAUCAAGUUAUUUCGAAAUAUUUCUUACCUCAGCACUUUUACUUACAGAUAUUUUUUCAUUGUCCUCACUGCUAGUCUAACGAUAGAAUGCAUACCUAUUUCUUAUCUCAUUUCUUUCAUUAUAUCUACUAGCUCUUUGUUUGCUCAUAGCGUAGUUUCCGGUCAGGCGGCAUUUAUAACACGUAAUGCACGCAUGUAUAAUACGUAUGCAUAACAACACUUAUAAUCACGAGUUGAAACCCCCCUCAGACCUUUUCAACCGAGUAAAUGAGCAUCAUCAUUAAUUUUGUAAUCUAAAUCUAUUCAUAAAUACAUAUGCCAUACAAGUUAUAACUAUUACACACACACACACACACAUACACGCAAACUUAAAUUGUGAUUAAUUGAAAAACGAAAUCUAUACGAGUUUAAAAUGCAACUAUGUAAAGACAACAGACUACAGUUUUAAAGAUUUGUAUAUUUUAUUAAAAUACUGAACGUGUCGCAAGUUCAGUAUGUUCAGUUUAUACACUGAAUGACAUGUAUUGUAUUUAUUAAUAUUAUACUUUAUGUAUAAAAUCAAUAUUAAUAUUAUUCACCUACGCACAUCGACUACUAUUAGGUAGUCUGAUCUGAUUAUUUAAUAAUAAUCAGCUCAUAAGCAUAAUAAUAAACUAUUCUAGUAUCACAUUGAAAUAUGUAUGUGUGUUUUUUAGGGCUUACUAUAAUUUACGGUUGUUACAUAAAUAUAUAUUUAUGAAUGUAUAAUCAUUUAUGUAUACAUUUCGUACAGUCGAAUAAAUAUAAUUAUGAACAAUUCUAUAAGGUAUAAUGUAUGAUAUAAUAUAUUAAAGAGAGUAAAACUUUGGUGAAUGACGAAAACUUUUAGUCGCAAAAUCAUUAUGAGUAUAUCGACAACUGAAACCCUUAAAAUAUUUUAGUUAAGUCAAUGCAUUAAGCUUGUCUCAACAAUUACCUACUCGAGACUCGUAUUAUAAUGUAAUCAAAUAACAAUACAUGCAUAACCUCACCGUUACAUAAAAACGGCAUGUAUCUAUUAACCGUUUAAAACACGAUUAGGUGCACAAUAAAUACAAAUUUAUUUGUAUAUAUCUAAUAUAUUUUAAGAUAGGUGUACUUCGCAUAAUAUAUGAAGUUAAAAUACGAAGAUAACUAAUACCUACCUAAAUUCAAUUCUAAUAUAAAUCAUAAGGUAUUUAAUUGAAAAAAAAAACAAUUAUAUUAUUUACUAUUUAUCUGAUAUAUUAUAGAAUUAAUUAGAAAUUUUAAAUUAUUUAUAAUAUAUAGAUAUAUAUUAGGUAUAACACAAUUUCAUUAUGACAAAUAAUAAUAUCAUUAAAAUUCAAAACCAUAGUCAGUAACUAGUUAUAAAGUUAAAAGUCAAGUUAUAGGCAUGGGCACCUGGAGGGGGGCAAAACGAAGCAUCUCCCUAUACUUCAAAAUGUUAAAUAUAAUUUUAUUUUAAGUAUUUUUUUGUGUUUGGUUUUUUUAUGUCCCCCACUGAUAAAUUUCCUGCGGGCGUCCAUGGCGUACAUAUUACUUAUAUGUAGGGCUCGGAAGUUAUAGGAGUUUUUUUCUCCUCAUUUCUCGAAAUCAUUUUUUUCUGUAUACACUGAAUUUAUAGCGGACCAAGCUAGCAAUACUUUCUGUACGAUGAAGUGUUAAAAUACAUAUUUUGCAUAUUUAGUUAAUUUUAGAGAAAAAGUGCAUAUUUUGUCGGUUUUCAUUAAAUUUCGUAUAUUUUAAUGCAUAUUUAAUAUUUUCUAAAAAAAUUGAUAUUUUAUUCUUAACCUAAUCAAUUUAUUUUAAACAUUAUUAAAUUUAAAACUCAAUAUUAUUUAACGUAGUUAUUUAUUGCUAUUUCUUACCGGAUCAGUCUAUUAUUAAUUUAGCAACAACGAGUAGUUAAAAAAAAUUCGAAUUUCAGAAAAUAACUUAUUUAUUUCUUUAGAUAAAUAAUUUUAACUUAGCUUUGACAUUUUGUUGAACCUUUGUUUUUUUGCGAAUUUAUAAAAAAAUUUAAAAAAUUUAAAAUUAUAAAAAAAUAAAUAUAAAAACGUAUAGGUAAUAGCUUUAUGUCUCGCGUUUAUUUUUAGACCUAAAUUACGUUUUUUUAAGUGAAUAUCGUUAUCACGUAACAAGGCAAGCGUGUGGCCUAUGCAGCGAUACUCGUAUGAGUCUUGUGAGUUUAUAAAGUUCUAGAUGUCAGAGUACAAAAUACAUUUUUGAGUGUAUAGUUGAGGGUAAAAUUUAAAAAAAGUAACUUAACAUAGUUAUUAUUUUCUUAAAAAUGCGUAACAAAACUUAGGUAAUUAGUCAAAUUAAUUUAAUUUUUAAUAUUAACUUUAAUUUAGUUUAGUUAUUUAUAUUUUAAAAUGACUAAAUUUAAACUAAUUAAAAAAUUUUACUAACUUUUCCAGCUUUACUAAUAUUAAAAUAGCAUCCGUAAAGCGUACCUACAUCUAAUAGAUGUCGAAAGUAUAUAUUUCAAAUUUAAUUUGUAUACAAAUAAUAAUAAUAUAACAAAAACAUUCUACACGAAUAACUACAUGAAAAAUGCAUAAUCAAUCUGUUAGAUAACCUUGAAACAGUCGGCAAACAAACGAUAAAAUGUCACAAAAAAAAAUAAAAACAUUUAGACUCAAUUGUUAAUGUUUAAAACUUUUUUUCGUUUUUGUUUGAUAACUGCUAUACUUAUGUAACUUUUUAAUCUCGAACUUUAUCUAAACAUAUUACAGCUGUAUAAAACAUAUUUCAAUAUUAAAAUUGUUACCUAAUACCCAUAUAAUGAUAGUUUUAUUUAAUCGAAAAUAAAAAUUAAAUUAAAUUUUUAUACAUAUAGAUUCAUUUAUUUUAAUGAUUAGAAUAAAAUAAGGUUUGACUCGUAUAGAAAAUAUUUUCAAACGAAGUGUAUUAAAACAGUAAAAUUUAAAUAAAUAACUAAAAUCACUCGUGCUCGACAAAUAUUUUUAGACGAAUUUUAAAAAAACAAAUAAAUAUGUACUAUUCGACCGGGAAUAAAAAAAAAAAAUUACAAAUCGUUUUAUUAGUUUUCUUUCAGUAUUUUAAAUACUAUCGCUUUUUUCGAAAUUUUUACGAAAAAAUGUAUAACACACAUUAUUAAUUCAGAAAAAUCGAUUAAAAAUUACUCGUAAAUUAUGCAAUUUUAUGAAUAUUACAUAUGUUUUAUUAUAUAAUACGCGUGCAAACCGCAUAAUGUUUACAGAGAAUUAAAAAAUUCAAAACAUACAUUUGCAAAAAUCAAAAUACAGAUACUUACUAGACGGGCCCAUCGGAAUAAACGGCGAAAACGUGCGAGCGACGCCGGCGAACUGUCGUCCGAUAACCGCGCGAAAAGUCGUAGACUACCCCAACGGUAAUACCGCGACACGAUCGGCGGACGACACCGCCGGUGGCGCGGCAGUGGGUUACUACGUUACAGGUUAGGUAUUCGCAUUUAUAAUAAUACAAUACCGUUACUAUAAUGCUGACACGUGGCUUGCCAGGAAUACGAAAAAAAGACCUUAACCCCUAAAUCCGCCUGAAACUUGCAAAAUUAUCGUAUGCUAUAUAGUAUACCGUAUUAUAUUAUUAGAGUCAUAGCCAACCACCGUCGCCGUUUCUUUUGAAAAUUCCGCACGGUCAGAACAACAUAAACAAGUUCACACUGAAAUUUAAAUUUAACUACCUACAUAUGUUAAUCGAAUUUUAUACACCGCUCUAUUUACUCGCAAUUAGACCGCGAUCUAAACGUUUAAACGUUUGAAAAACCAAAUUAUCAGACGACACAAUUUUCGUAUAUUAUACCUAUUAUAGAUCCCUAGACCUAGACCUUAAAGCACAAUUUAGUUUAUUUGCUUUAAACAAUGAUAAAUUGUUGUAAUCGUUUCUGAAUGGACAUCGAUAAACUGGUAAGGUUAUAGAGCUAGUCAAAUUUUCCCAUCUCGUAGUAUAAGCCAGGUAACCCUGCAAGAAUUAACAAAAGUAAAACCGGCGUGCCAUCAUUCUCUGUCUGCUUUUAUAGUUCAGUAAAAGAGUUUGAAAUCUAGAACAAAUUUAUCAAACAAAACACUACCGGACGAAAAAUCGGCAUCUUUUAAGGAACAAUUUAAAGCAUCAUCAGUAAACACUCGUUACACUCGGAAUCUAAAAUAGUCAAUUGCCUAAAAAUAUUGUUGCCGCGGUUAGGUUAGGUUAGGUAAGCGACUUAAACGUCGACAGCUACAAUUGAUUUGUUGUAAUCGUUUUAAUGCUAUAUAUUAUGUCGUAUCAAAAUAAAAUUACUUCAUUAUAUAGGUAUAUAAGUGGUUAUACCCAAUCGGAUUGCCGUGCGGGUGUUCGAAUUAAUUGGGGGAAAAAAAAUUAACAGCAAAAAAAGUAACUCACGGAACAAUCAGCGACCAACGAAACGCGCACGCGGUAAGUGUGUAAAAUCCAAUCUCGUGAGUAGGUAUACGUGAGUCGUACUCAGAAUAAUAUGCGUGGUGUGCCAUCUCUCUCUAUGUUUGUGCGCCACGCGGUCGUCGUGAUGCGUGGUGAUGUAUAUACGCGAAAGUGAAAGAUUCUAAAAUAAUGCUCUUAUAUUAUUUUAUAGCUUUUAGCUUUUCGCGUAGUCGUUUCCGGUGUUAUGGGCAAUACAACUAUAACACAACAUCUCGCGAAAUUAAUUAUUAAAAUAUAGAGCCCCGCGUUGUUUGCCUUCGAGCGUUUACACACCAUUGAAUAAUAAUCAACUAAAUUAUGUACUAUGUAUAUAUUAUAUUGUAUACAUACACACACACACACAUAUAUAUAUACACACACUAUAGGUACCUAACGCGUGUUCUUUAUUAUUUUAACAUUAUUUGCGGGACGUCUGCCCCAUUUCGUCGCCUGCGAUUUCCCCGCUUACCUACCGCAUUUUCCGCGAUAAAUUAUACACGCCCGUAUCCACUAUACAAAAAUAUAUUAUACAUAUUGUUUAGUAUAUUACUCUAUAGAUGUACGUAUAUAUAUAUAUAUAUAUAUAUUUAUUUAUAGAUAAAUAGGUAUAAACCUACCGCAAUGAAGAAGACAAAGUAACAAUUAUUAUACCACAAUGGAUUGAGUAUUGUUUGCGCUGUAUUAUAUUAAUAAUCGGUAAUUUUGAUACAAUUUUUUUUUUUUUUAUAUAUAUACAUAUGUUAUAUGAGUUUUAUUUCUAACAGAAUUUCGCAACAAGUGAAGUAGGUUUACAUUACGAGUAGGUCCAUUUUCCCUAUGUUUUUCCCAGUUUUUCAAAUUAUUAAAAAUGGAAAAUCAAACAAAUGACUUUUUCAAUUCACCAACUGGACAAAAUUUUCUUUUAGAAAAAAUGCUUCAUCUGAUGAUCAGAGCAAGAUUUUUGGUAGAAAAGACAAAAAAACAAUACAUCACUUGCUACGCUCAGAAUCUAAAACUAAAAGGCACGUGAUUGUAGAUAUUUUGGCAUUUCGUGUACCCACAUUAAAGUUUAAAUCGCAUAUUUUAUUUACCAACAAAGACGAAAAAGUGAUGCAUCAUUUAUUUGCAAAGUUUAAAUUAAGGAUAUUCUAAAAAAUUUUAACUACAAAAUAACAAAUUUUUUUUACGGAUUUCAUCAAAUGUUAAACUUUUCAGAAGAAAUCGGUCGUGGUUAUAGAUGUUCGAUAUUCAUUUAUAUAUCCACCGAUGUCUCAAAUUUUCAAAAAUUGAACAAAAACAUAUCACCAAAUAGUAUAUAGGUAUAAAGUAGAUAUGUGACUUUUCUGUGAUAUUUUUUCAUUCAAACUCCAAACGCUUGAAAUUAUAAUAUUAUAUUAAAUUAAAUUGAAAAAUUAGUACUUUUUAUCUCGGUAAAAAAAUAUCGUUAAAAUUUGAGAUAUACCUAUUAUAUUUGUUAGUAUACCUGAAAUAUAAUUUAUUAUAAUAACUUAAUUAGAUCGAAAGAAAAUGGCUGAAUCGUAAUAAAAAGGAAAAUUAUCCAGUACAUAAAAUUAUAAACAUAAUAUUAUUAUAUUUUACAACAAAAUUAAUUAUUCUGAAACCUACACUAAAAAAAAAAAACGACGAACGACGAAUGACACAAUUUUUUUUUUUUUUUUAUUCAAAUCUUCAACUACCACUUGAAUGGACGUGAAUACAACAAUCAGGAUUAUGCCCGCGCAAAAAAGAACUCCCUAGAUUCAAGUUUUACCACCAUACACUUGAGGAAAAAAAAAUCUACUCGUUUUUCAGUUUUCAUAAGCAUUUAAAACGUGUGUUAUGGUUUUUGUAAAAUCUACAAUAUUUUGAUAUUUUCUAACAGUAUUCGUAGUGUUCUUAAUAUUAUGUUUUAUUGCACUAUUCGAAAUUAUAUGAUAAUGUGCGUAGUGAAAUUAAAUCUUUAAUAUUAACUCGGCUUUAUUUUAUAGUUGAACAUUUUUCUUUCCUCAUAAUUAAGUAUUUAAUUAAUAAAACAACAUUCGUAAAUAUGCAUAUAAACUAGAAUUGUAAAAUAUUUUAAAACUUAUGAAUUUUAUAUUAAAUACUUACAAAAACAAUUUUUUAAAGGUAAAAUCUGAGCUACCCCAAAUAAAAUUGAAUACAAUUUUAAACAAUACAUAUUUGUUACAAAACCCAAUGAAAAUAUAUAUUUGUAUAUUUACAUAAUUUUAUUAUUAUAUAAAAAAAAAAUGUUGAACUUUUUAUCGGCCUCGUAAAUAAUAAUAAUUUUUUGAAUUAACGACAUUUUAAUUGCCCACCUAAAAUAAUGCCCGUACUUAUUAUAAAUUAUAAUAUAUUAUCAAGUACCUACUAAAGUUAUAUUAUAGUUGAUAAAAUAAUUAUUGUUUUUAUAUAAUAACUAAACAACCAAAGAGUAUUUACUGUACAAUAAAUUACGUUUUUGUAUUCUACUAUAUAUUCAAAACAUAUAAAUGCAAUUUCAUUUGAAAAGAAAUGUAUAUUGUAUAAUAUAGCAAAUACAUGCUUAUAGUGUGUUUCAUCAUUCGAUAGUAAUAGUAACAUGAACCAUUUCUUAGAUCAAAAGAUAGAAGAUUUAACUAUAAAAUUUCAAUUUUUUUUUUUUAGCGGAAAUAUUUAUUUUUUAGCACUAGCUUACUAGUUCGAAUAUUCUUAUUUCUUUUUCUAUCAAAAAAAAUUACCAAAGAUCGAGCCACCUAAAGUUGAUUAUAAAAUAUGAUUUGUGUUUAAAUCGGAUUUUUCAAAAAGUCUAAACGUGUGUAUUAUUAUGUUAUUUUAUGAUUAUUAUUGCUAAAAUUAUUUGCUUUUAUAAAAAACCGCCUAUCGAAUUUUUCACUUUUAAUAGGCGUCACCAUUUUUCACUAAAAUUAAUUUUUCCCUUUUCCGUUUAUACGCGUCUCCAAACCAAACGUGUUCUUUACCAUAUAUUUUCUUUAACAAAACCUAUUUCCAUCAAAAUUAAUCUCUCCCUUUUCCACCAAAACCAAUUCCCCCCCAAAAGAGAUAUUGACUUAUUCCCACCAAGAGUCCGUCGACGAACGAAACUAUUUUUGAAAUUCGAUAUAAUUCAUAUCUCUAUCAAAGUGAUUAAAAAAAAAAAAAAUGAAUAUCAAAUAUCUAUUUAAAAUUGUUACAUUUCAAGAAUUAAUAGAGAAUAACAAAUAAAAUCAAUAGAACCUAAUAAAUAAAUUGUUAUCAUUGAAUUACAAUUCAGUGAAUGAAACCGGUGUUCUAUACUUAUAUCGUACCCUACGACCGAAAGGAUUGUACCAUUUCUAUAUAGCGGUAUGAACAUUGAUUUUAGUGGAAAUCGGUCAGUAUCUCUUUUGGUAAAAAUAAGAAAUCUUCGAGGUUCGUGUUGAUAGAAAACGGUCCCACCGCCAUUAAUAUGGCUCUCUUUCAAAAGGUCACGGGGUACACGAAAGGGGCGGUAGUUAACGAAAUUCCACAUUAUAUACCUUAUGCAUAAGACUAAUUUAUGUUCUUUCUGCUCAAACGGUAUUAUAUUAAUAAUGUUUUAAUAAAUAUUAUAUUAUUAAAGUGGGUAAAUUUUAUCGUUAAAAUUAUAAUCAUUAAUAUUGCAUAUUGACAUUCAAAUUUAAUUUCGUCAUUAAUAUAUAUUAUUAUUAUUAUAUGGUUUCGACGAAGACGGUAAACUGUCAUAAUUUUAUAACGGUAUUGACCUAUAUAAUACAGGCAUUAAUAAUUUAUACUAUACCCAUAAGAUUCCUUUCCGUAAAAGUUCAAUUUAUGUAUGAUAUGUAGCAUUUCGCAGGGAUAUUAAUUUUUAUAUUAUUAAUAAUAAAAAUUAGAUAAAACGUAUAUACUCGUAUAUAUUUUAUUAUGAUGGAAAUUUACGUCAGAUUUGAAUUAUUUUUCGAAUGGGGUAUUAUUCUAUUAUACUAUUGUAAUUGCUUAUAGAUUAUAUAAUAAAAUAUCAUAAUUUAUUAGACUAUAGUGCCACAAGAAAAUUAUUAUAACAACCAAUUAUAUACAUCCGAAUCAGUUGUACAUAAAAAUUUCGAACGGAUCAAAAAAAAAACUAGUUUUAUGACUAAAUGUUUAGUCUACGGUAGUUUACUUUUUUUUUUUUUUAUCAAAAACCCAUUUGUGUUACAUUAAAACUAUAGAAUAGUCUUAUGCUUUAAAGAUACCUACAGCAAGAAGUCAUCGGUUGAACACAAAUUCUUACGUUUGAUAAAUUAAAAAAUUACUACAUUACGCUCGACUUUUUUGUUUACCGCUAAAUUAAACUUAUAAUGAACCUUUUAUUUAAUUUCCAAGCAUUUCUGUUCGACUAAACCAUUUCAUCUCUAUUAAAAAAAAAAAAAAAAAACUCGAAAAUGUAAAAUACCUAUAAUUACUCAAAAAUCGUCAGAAUUUUUUGAAAAUGUUACCAAAUAAAAAUGGCUAAUACAAGUAUUCUAUAAAAAUGUCAUCUCUUUACAAUUAUUUAUAACCCAAUUAUAAAUUUUAAAAAUAAAAUCGAAAAUAAUAAAUUUAUUAAUACCGUAAACUUUCAUUUUUUCUUAUUAUUAAGAAAACUAAAGAAUAUAAUUUGUAAUAGAAAACAAAAAUCAAAAAAAUUAAUGAAAUAAAAUUGUUAACGUCGGGACACGUCGUCGUAAAUAUUUAUCCAGUUUUUCCCAAUUAUUAUUAUUAAAACAGCUUGAAAAAUCAAAAAGUCACACAUUAUAGUAAAACAAAUAUAAUCCGCUCAGAAUCUAAAAACUGGACAUAAUUCGUACUAUAGACACAAAAUGAGAAACAUCAUAAUUUUAGCUUACCUAAAUUACAUUUUGAAAUUAAAUCGUAUCAGAUCUAUAAUAUUGAAUUAUAUACGACUAUAAGUUUACUAUUGACAAUUUAAAACAAUUUUACUCAUUACGAACCUGAUUAGGUGAACCCUAAUCUAAUUUUUAAAUGUUCAGUUUUCACACUUAUUUAUCUUUAUACAAUAAAAUCUGUAUAUAACCGUCAGUUAUACAUUUAUGGGACCAUAAAAAAUAUCGAUUUUAGACAGGUUGAAAUGCAUUGGAAUGCCUAUCUCUUUUCAGGGGCCUUAUUAUUUUGUCCGUUAAGACAGGUUUCACUGUACUGUACACAAAUGAUUAUAUUUUAAGCUCCAAACAUUCUUUUAAAAAGAUUUAAGAUUGGAUACUGUAAUUUUUUGUAUUAUGAGAUAACAUACAUUUUAAAUAAAUAUCUAUCAAGCAUUAAAUAAUUGUUGAAAACUGAUAGAAAUUUUGAUUAAGUGUUUCAGAUAAAAUACCGCCAGUUAAACGUUUUGCGUCUUAAAGUACUAGGUGAAAAUAACCCACCAUUUUUACUAAACACUUAAAAAAAAAAUUGUAGGAAAAAUUAUUGGGCAUUUCGAAAUAUUUUUCAAAUAAAGUAUGCACUACCAGACGAAAAAUCUAUAUAUUUUUGAAUGAGACACGAAAGAACAGAGCAGUUUUCUUCAACAGUUAAAGUGUUUUCAGAGAAACAAAAAACGCAUCUUGUAAAACUGUAAAAUUGUUCGUAAUACUCGGAAUCUAAAAAACGAGAAAACGCCAGUCGACAUAUUAAAUUUAAACUUUUGAUGUCUGUAAUUAAAGUAAAGAUUUCAAAUAAAAUAUUAUAUGCAAUAAUUCAUUUUUUUUUUAAAUAAUAACAUGCCUAUAACACUGUGAUAAGUUGAACAAAACAAAGAGAACGAACACCCGGAAUCACAGUGGUCCACCACAUAUUUUUUAAUUCAAAAAAAUUAACAUUUAUAUAUAAACAAAGUAUGAGCACUUAUAAAAGCAAUUUUUUUAUUAAAAAAAAGAUUAAAAUAAUCCAAACGUGAUAGAAGAAGUAGUCGGAAACCAAAUUAUAUUGAAACAAAUUAUUAAUUAUUAAUUAUUGUUGAAUAAAAAGUUCAGCAACUUCCAUUAUAGAUAAACGCGUGAUAAACAAAAACCGAUAAACUUUGCAUUUUAACUUUAUUUUUUUAAUAUUUAAUCAAGCCAUUUUGUAGUUUGGUUUUACUAUUAAAUCUUAAGUAUGAGAAAAAAAUUAUACAUACUUUAAACCUGCAGUGGUUUCUAAACUGUAUAUUAUUAUACUCAUUUCUCUAAAAUACUAUUAAAAAUAUUGAUAAUCAACAUAAUUAGACAGGUAAUAUAAAUAUAUAUAUAUAUAUAUAUAUAUAUUUUUAUAAUAUUAUAUAAUUAAUACUAGUCAUAUUUUUCAAAUAAGAAUCAUAUCUUUUGAUCUAAGUACACCAAUUUUAUUGUAUUAAUAAUUGCAUUUAUCCGGUUUUUUUAAAUUAUAUUAUUUAUUAAAUUAAUUAUAAUAUGUUAAAUCAAUAACUAAAUAAAGUACCAUGUUAACACCUGCAACGACCUGCCUACUGAAAAAAAAUUUGUGACCCACUUUUGGGUCGCGACCUAUUGAUUUAGAAACAAAUUAACUUAUAUAUCUAGCUGUCUACCUAUAUUAGACAAAUUCUUUAAAAUUUUAAUUUUCAUACCAUUUAGGAUCUAAAAAUAAAAUUAAUAACUACAUUACUAUAUUGCAAUAUUACUACCUCUAUACCAGUGGUUUUCAAACUUUUUUUGACCACAGCACAUAUCGCUUUUCACAACAUUUUUACGGCACACUGUGGCCUUUUUUUUUUUUCAUUGUUUAAUUUUGUACACAAAAUUAGAACUAAUAACAAAAUUAAUAAGUCAUACUCAAACAAAUCAUAAUCAAAAGUUACACCUUCAUACUUAAUGAGCGGAUCACUGUAACCAAUUUAAGGAAAUCAAAUUUCAAAAAACAUAGUGAAUGCUCGCGGCACACAGUUGAAGACCACUGCUUUAUACCAAUAUAUUUUUGAAAAGAGUGUACAAAGCCAUACCAUUAUUAAUUAUUAAUUAUGUACAUUAUACCUAUGUGAUUUAUUUUAGAUUCUGAGCGAAGCGAAGAAUGUAUUGGUUUUACAAUGAUGUUGAUUUUUUAUAUAUAUAUUCUAUGUACAAAAUUCCUACCAAAAAUCAUCCUCCGAUAUAUCAAGUAAAAAUGUACAUACAUGUAUAAUCAAACUCCGCUCCGAAUCGUUUUUCGUUAGCAAUGAAUAAUCAUUGUGUACAAAUAUGCAUUAAAAUGUGUUCGUUUUCUUUUAGAAAAUAUUCGUGUAUUUAUUUCCAUAGACGAUAGAUAGAUAACUAAAUAAUAUUUUCGUGAAAUUCGCUUUACUCAAUAGUGUACACAAUAAAUUUAAAUAAUUCAAAAUAAACAAUUUAAAUAGGCACCUUGAAAAUAUUUACAUUUUUUACGGCUAAAAAAAAAAUUUGAAUUAAUAAAUUAUAUUCUAUUAACUACAUAACAAGUGCAUAAUAAUAUUAUGGAGAACUUUUCACGAAAAUUUAAUGGUAAUCUGUGCAUCCGCUUAACAAUGGGGAAAAUACUUUUUUAGGGUAAAGUACUUUCCAUGCAUAACUUCCUUCCUGGGAAUUCCCGAGGAACAGGAACGACCGAACAACACUAGUAUACACAAACUUUUAACAGAAGGCCGAGAUACUUCGGUACAUAAAUAAAUACCAAACGGUAGACAUCAUGCGCAUUUAUCAAUUCUGCGACCUGUCCGAAAUUCGCGACACGACUAAUUUAAUUACGUUUAGGUGUAGCCUUGAAAUCUCUUUUUCAUUUAAACUCGUACAUAAAUAAUGUAUUUACAUGGGUGAACUACGAUAAGGGUAAAUUCAACGCACGACCUUUCUUCUUUUUUUUUAUUAAUAGCUUCAUAAUACUACGAUAAAUAUACAUACGUAGAGAGAGAGAGAGUGUCGAUAUUAAUAAUCACUAUAAAUUAACAAAUUGUUAUGCAAUACUUUAUAGUUAUACAACAUCAAGUUCAACAAUGUCUAAAAAUAAAUAAAUACAUUUUUUUUCUCUGUAUAUUUAAAUAACGUUAAAUUUAAACGGUUUAGUAUACUAAGCCAAAAAAAUGUUUAAAAAGAUAUUCAAAUUAUUAUUCAAAAAAAAAGGCGACAAACUUCAUAUCAUGGGUGCACCAAUAUUUUAGGUAAGAAAUUGGGUAGAUAAGUUAGAUUAAAGUGAUUUAGUUUAUAUUAAAUGUAAGUACGCAAUAAUUAAUCAUUGCUGAAUGCUAAUGAAAAAUAAUUAUGAGCGAAGUUUGGUUAAACAUGUUCGAAAGACUUAAAUUAAACAUUGUAUUAAUUUAUAACUAUAAAAUAAAUUACAAUUAUCCAUAUUUUUUCGUCUCAAAUUCUUAGUAAUUUUAUGAAGCCAAAAGUUAUAUCCGCCUAAUUGGAAAAAUAAUGCGCGAUGAAAUUCUGUGGUUUAACUAAUCAAAAAUUAAAAAAAUAAAAACAUGCGUAUUUUCGAGAUUUGUAUAGUUCUUUAGUAACAACUUAUGAUUAACGUUAUAUUAAAUUUAGAAAUAUUUUCAAGAAGCCGAAAAUAUUGUAUCCACGUCUUUUUUUCUUGGCCUUCAUCCAACAAUUUGGGAUCAGCCAUCCUCAUUCUAAACUUUUACUUGACCCGAUCUCCCACCUCGCAUUCAACCACUCACAGCUAUCAUUUUCAAUUCUUUCAAAUCAUUCUCAAUCGCAUCCAACCCCCUCUUUUUUCAGUCUUCCUCUCCCCCUCUUUCCACCUACGUUUAUUUUCAUUUAAAUUCUUACUGCUUCUUAUUCCUCUCUCUCUGCUCAUUACAUGCCCAAACUAUCUCAGUAUAAUUUUCUCUCAUUUCGCCUACUAUACAAGUUAUUUCUAAACUACCUCUUAUGUAUUUAGGUAAAAAUAUUGCAUUCACAAAAAACUUCAAAUGGGAUUAAAUAUUCCCAAGUAAACAGGUAACAAGAAAAUAAUAUACAUGGAAUUGAAUCUAGUUGAAAUUUAAGUUUACGGAAUGUCAUUACGAGAGAAAAAAUAAUAAGUAACGUAAAUUUACCGGAAUUAAAUAACUUUGACCGUAAAAUGCCCGGAAUGUAAAUUCGUUUCAAAAUAUCAAAAUAUUCAAGAUAUAAAAAUUAAAACCAUCGCAUUUAUGCUCUCGUCUAUUUUAAAUAUACGAACAUACAUAUUUAUAAACACUAAAUAUGCUGUUAUAAUACGAAUAAUUGAUAGACACCUAAAGCCUAACAUCAAAAGUGUCCGGGUUUUGAGUUUAAGUCCGGGGAACGCUGGAUAUUCGUUUAAACCAUAGGAAAUUUAUUACGUCGGUCGCCGUAGUGACGACCGUUUUUACAGAAAUAACAAGGAAAUAAUUGCUGACCAAUUAAAUACACAAACAAAUCAGCUGUUGCUUCAUGGAUACAGUCGUCAUAAAAGUUAACAGGGAUCCGGCAACCCAGUAAAUAACAAUAAUGUGCAAACAAAACAAACUGGUAUGUGCCUACACAUACUUAAAAAUAAGAUUAAUUAGGCAUAUCAUAUGUAGAAGGUUCAAUGCAGGUAUUAGAUAGGUUAGGUUAGGUUAGGUACCUAAUAUUAUAGGUUUUAUUUUUUAGUUUUGUGCUGGACAUCAAAUUUCACGACGUAUUUCUAAUAUUCCACCGAUUUGAUCAAUAUAUUAUAUCCACGAAAUUAAAAUAACAUUGAUCAUAAUUAAAGACCGAAUUUAUAUGUUUUUAAAUAUCGUUACUGAGCUUAUGAAGUCUUAUGAGAGUAAGAAAUGUUGACGAUUCGUUCAAUUCUGAGUUCGUAGGAAAAAGUUUAUUUUUGCAUAUUUGAGAAUAUUUUAUGGGUUAAGGAAUAAUUAGAUUAUGUUGCAUGUUUUAGAAUAUUUUGUAAACUGUUAGAAAAAAAUAUUAAUUUUAAUAAUACGAUACCUGAAAAAAAAUAUUUUGAACAUUUACAAUUUUUUUUUUUUGUAUCAUUUUGAUAAAAAGAUUAAGUGUGCUCACUAAACAUGGUGACUAACCUACAAUGCUGGCAGUUAUUUUCAUACUUAUAAUAAUAUGAACCUAUUCGUUUAUCAUUAAUCAUUAUCAACUAUUCAAAUGUCCAUAUAUUUUAUUUUGCACUUUUCCAAUCACUUGUAGCAUGAUUUUUAAGUUUUAAAAAUUAAACUACAUAUAUUGUUAUAUUUUUAUUAUAUUCUUACUCUUACUUAAGUGCACCAUUAUUCUAUUUUAAUACGCAAGUGUCACUUAUUAUUUAUAGAAUGUUAUAAAAAAAAAAUUGAUUAUUUUUGCAUAUUUUUUAAAAUUCUAAGAGAAUAUAAUGAAAAUAUUUUAAAGUUUUUUGGAGAAUAUUAGCAUCAUAUUUUAGGUGUUUUAAGAGAAUAUAAAUCCGGUUUUUAAUUAUUACGGUCCUCAUGGAGAGCGCGCUAAUCACGCUAAUCUAUGUGGGCUGUGCAAAAAAAAAGGCCGAACACUGCAAGGAUGGAAUUUUAAUUCGUACUAUUUACUAGGUAGUCGAGACAACAUAAUUGAUUAGAAUAGGUAGAUUUGGAAAUAGUCGAGAUAACAGUAUAGUACCAAAAAUUGCAAAUCUUCGCAUUUAAAAGGUUUAACCGGUAUCAUGAAAUUUCCUGUAAUGAACAUAAUAUUAUCAUAAACUUUUUCUAAAUAUUUUACGACAAAAAGUAAAAUUAAUAACACUAAACUCCAUAUUUCAUAAUAUAUAUUAUAAAUCAUAAACUGUUAAUUGUAAACCAUGACUAUAACAGAAUAUUAGGCAAAUCCGCAAACUACCACAGAUAUAGAUAAUAAACUAGAUUGCUAACUAUAAAAAAAAAAAAUAACAAUAAUAUAAAUUCAUAAUCAGGCCGGCAACGGCGUUUUUCCGCCAUGUUGAAUGAAAGUUUUGGUAUUUUAUCAAUUUUUAUCGCUGUGAUUAUACACAAAUACAUUUUAUCGUAAUUCAUGAACUCGAAAAUAUUUUCAGUAAUAAUUAACGUAAUUAUUUAUAUGUUAUAUAACGGUUUAUUUUAUUUACACAUCAAAAGAAAUAUAGUACUUGAGUAUCCAAGUGUCUCCAAAAGGCAAAAACAUUAAAAGAACUAAUUUUAAUGCUAUAAACAAAGUUAUGACCACAAGUUAUUAAACAAAAUUGUUUAUGUAACUUUUGUCUUUUAUUGACAAAAGCUUUCAUAAUAAAACUUAAAAUUUUGCUGUAAGAGUGUAUACGAAUAUUUAAAUAAAUACGGCUUACUAGGUUAAAAAUAUUUAUCUUGUGUGGACGUGAAUGUAUAUCAGUGUCUUCAAAACAUUUAUCUGUUUCUGGAAGUUUUUCUUGGGAAAAUAUUCUAGUAUUUUGCUUAUAUUUACUGUUAAACACAGUUAUGUGAAAACGUUCUCGGCAAAAAUUAAUUUAACCUACAACUGUAUCAGUAAUAAUAGUAAAACAAAUUACUCUAAUAUCACAAUAGCAUUUAAUAGCAUAAUCCGUGUAUGAAUACAAUGUACUCAUAACAUUUCAAAUAAUUGAGAUAUUUUAUUCUGUUACGUUGGUGUAAAUGUAGACGGUUAGUGAUAAAAAUGUUUUAUAGUUUUUCGAACUACCCGAUACCCAUAUUCAUGACGGUAACUCUUACUAUUGACGGAUGCUAAAAACCUCUGCUGCUGGAAAUUUUUCGUACAAGGUUAGGUUAGGUUAGGCAACACAUCAUAUGAUAAUUGCGGUUGUUAUCGUUUUUGAUAAUGAUGUUUUAUUUGAUAAGGUGACAUAAUAAACAAUGCGUAUUGUUACCUCUUGAUAAUAAGUAUGUAUAUUUAUCUUAAAUAUUUUGUUGAGUUUUAAAAGAAAUGAAUUUACUAAGUUAAUAUAUAAUUAUAAUACUUUCAUCAGUUUAUUCGUAUCCAACUUCUUUACCACAAUGUCUCUGGAUUCUAUUCCCAAAGAUAUGAGGGCCGCAAGAGCAUGCCUCGUAUGUUCGUUGAUUAAGGUAAUUUUAACAAAGUAUAUCUAGUCUAUACAUUAUUUAAGUACCCUAUCUAAACAUAAUAUAAAAAUAUCAUAUGUAUCUCGAUUACUAUAUUAUAAAAGUACGUAUACUCAGUUUUAUGUAUAUUUCUUUUAUAUUACUUUUUUAUAACCAACAUAUAUAAUUUAAGUAAAUUUAAAUAAUUUGUACGGUACUACAAAUAAAUAGGUAUAUUUAUUUAUUAUUAGACAAAUGAAAAAUUAUGUCUAUCAAAUUGGGUAAGAUAAGGUAGAUAUUUAACCUAACCUAGUCGAAUAAUCUGUUUUAAAUAUUUAUACCUUCGGAUAAAUAUAAUACACAAUCUAUACUUUAUAAUAAACAUUACAAAAUAUUUUACCUAUCAACUGAGAUUUGUUACCUUAUAAUACAUUUUUUGGAACAAAUCUAAUUACUAAUUCAUGUAAUGUUUUCAAUUUUUUGAACAUAUGUAUUGCCGAGUUAAGAAUGAUGGUGAAGAGUGAAAUCAGAAUUGAGCCAUCUGACUUAGUUUCGAAGUUAAAGUUAUUUGUGUAUUAUGUUAAAUAACUCAAUAUUUCCAAUUAUUGUACUAUGUUUGUCUUUGUCUAGUGGCUCGUCUAGUGGUGAUACCUACCUUUUGUCAACCUAGAGAUCCCAAGUUUGAACCGAAUUACCAAUAACUUUUUUUACACUUUACAAUAAUAACAUUUUAAACUUCGGAAAGGUAACAGGGAAAAAACAGAUGCAUUUUGCAAGAAAAAUAUAUUUAAUAAUUAUUAUUGUUUAGGGUACCGAUAAAAACGCAUAAAACAUGUUCAACAACGAGGUUCAAAUCAAAUACGCACCAUCAAUAGAUUAUAAUAAAAAACACACGAGAGAAGCAAUAUUGAAUUAUUUAACAUAACACACAUAAUAUCCAAACUUCAAAAGACUAUAAUUUUGAAACUAAGUCAGUCCAGUCAAUUUUAACUUCAUCAUCAUCCUUAACUGGACAAUAUGCAUAUGCUCAAAAAAAAAAAAAAAAAAAAUAGGUAAAAAUUUUCUUGUACCAGUAACUAGAUUUAUUCUCAUUUUAUAUAGACUUAGUAAUGAUGACAAACAACUUAUAAUUUCUCUUGUUAAGCAUCGUUAGUCAACAAUAAGUACAUAUUUGUUGAAAAUUUAAACUUUUUAACAAAAUCGGAUCAAAAAAAAUUUCUAUAAUAUUCCAAUGUUAUACCUGUCUAAUUAUAUUGAUAUAAAUAUUGUAGGUACCUACUUAUACAAAUCAAAUAUAAUAUCAAAUCAUACUCCAAAAACAAAAGUAUGCAAUAAUAAAAGUUAACAAUUUUUGUUUAUUCUUGUUUUUUAAUAAAUAUUUCCUUUAAUAAAUAACUUGUGUGGUUUUUCAAAUUUAACUUGUAACACCACACACUUAAAUUAAAUUUAAAAAAAACCAACGAACUGACAUACUUACAAUCGACUCCUUGUAAAUUAUCAAUUUACCAAAUUUAACAUUAACUAACUUAUUUUUUUUUUUCAGACCUUCGAUCAGUUUGAAUUUGAUGGUUGUGAUAACUGUGAUGAAUUUUUACGAAUGAAAAAUAACCGUGAUCAUGUCUAUGAUUGUACUAGUUCAAAUUUUGAUGGGUAUGUUUGUAUAGUUGUAGACUUACAUUGAAUUUAUUCUUAUCAUGUAUUAAUAUUAACAGAAUGGUUGCACUAAUGAGCCCCGAAGACAGUUGGGUUGCUAGAUGGCAGAAAAUCAGUAAAUAUUUUUUUUAUAUAUUUAUAUAACAUUAGAUCUUACUUAUAUACACUAUAUUACUUUUACAGACAGGUUUACAAAAGGAAUUUAUGCUAUAUCAGUAGCUGGUCGAUUACCUCAAAAUUUUAUAAGGGAAAUGAAGGCCAGAGGCAUACCAUAUCGUCCUAGAGAUACAACAUUCAAAUAAAUAAGUAUUCAUAUUUUGUAACAUUUUCACAAAACAACAUGUAAAACACAAAUGUAAUUGUCUAAGUGUAAACUAUAAAUUCAUAAAUAAACAAACAUUUAAAAAAAAAACUGAUUUUUAUAGUUAAAUUUAAAAUUCUCUAAAUUUGAUUGUACAAAAUAUAUAAUAAAUUAAUUAGUAUUAUUUAAUAUAAGUAAUAAUUAUAAUUAUUAUAUUUAGUAUAAGUUAGUCUUUUCAUUUGUAAAAAUUGAUUGGUCGUUCUUUUGUUGACGGUAUAAAUGACAUUGUCCUUCUGAUUUUAACUUGUGGUUUUAUGUUCAACAAAUCGGCCUGUAAACACAAAUUGUAUUGUCAUUUUAUAAUUAUCUGUUCAAAUAAACUUUUUUUCUUUUCUUUUUUGUGUAUAUAAUAAAUACAAAAAUAACAACUGGUUUUAAUUAUGUUAAUAAUAUAAUAUAUUACAGGUUCUACUAUGGUAAGUGACGUUACUGCUUUUUCAGAAACACUAAUUUUUUUUUGAGCUCUUGUUAAUUCGUCGUCAAGUCGUUGUUUUUCAGCUUCUAAUUCAAUCAACCUCUGUUGCGCUUCUA